GACGAACGCUGAGUAAACGGAGGUAAGACAGGGUGAGUGGAUUUCCGAUCCUUGGUUGGUGCUAUUUUUUUGUUAUGUUUUACAGUUUAUCUGACGGAGAAAUAUUUUGCUAAAUAUGAUGACUGGGCCGACAGGAGGCCCACCUGCUGCUGUAGGACUACAAUUCCCUUGAUGCUUUGCAGGUGUCAACCCUGGCUUUAGCUCCAUUAUAGCACUCUAUGGGGAAUCCAGUUCUUUGGGAUUAUAAUCUUAUUUGCUCAUUGAGCUCCACUAUUGUCAAUAAUAUGAAUGCAGGUUAUAAAAGAGAAGCAGAGAGCUGAGCAGUUACAUUGGAGGGGCAUGUAGACCAAAACCACUUCAUUAAAGCAGCUCUGUCACCGUCCGCAAAUUAUGCAAAGACCCACCCAAUGAUGACCAGUUGGGGUCCAGCGACCAAUGGGGGGUGAGGGGGGUAGGCACGGAAAGAUGAGAUUUACUUACCUGAACCAGUCCCUUUUGGACGCCGUCAUCCUCUUCCUUUUCGCCAUUCUGUUAUCGCUGUAUUCUUGCGCAUGCAAGAUUCUUCAUAGAAAUGUCUUAAUUUCCCUAUAGCCAUCACUAAUGACAGCUGGGGAAUAUGACAAGGCUUAGCAGUGCUAGCUCCGCCUUUUGUCAAGCUUUGUCAGGUGUAGGAAAAAUACUGAUACAACGUACAGUAGUCACUUUGUGAAAUUCCAACAGUCUACAUAGUUUAUAAACAUUUUAUCUUCAUUAAAUACUCAUUUUGGUGGUGGAGGAUGACAGUACCUCGUUAAGCUAAAGUUGCUAACCUACUUAAAAUUUUCCUUUAAUUGAAAGCAAAACUAGGGAUUUGCAUACGAUUUACAAGACGACUAGGGCCCUCUUUUUCUAAAAUAUAUGCCAUAUUGUUCUGCUACAGCCUCCAAGUACCAAUAUAAAAAAAUAUUUUUAAAAAUACAUUCCAGGCACCUAAGGUGCAAAACUACCGUAUAUCUCAUAGGGUAUUAUAAUAUUUAAAUCCUGACAUUUUUCAUGGUGAUAGAUGCACUCUUUUUGCACACACACAUUUACACACAGAGGACACUGACACACAUAUUUACACACAGAAGACUGACAUAGAAAACAGAAAACUGACAGACACACUUACUGAAACACGCAUUCACUGACAGACACACAAACUCACUGAUUUGACACACACUGACAGACACACACUGACACACAUUCACUGACAGACACACAAACAUAUUAUUUUUAUUAUUUUAAUGUAAGUCCACCCAACCUUCCUACCUUUGGGAGAGCUGGAGUGGGUCCAUUCCCUGGAGUCCAGUGUUAGGUUUGUAUAAUAUUCGUGCUCUUCCAACACUGCUCCCCUGCUCUCUGUUUAGUGAUGCCGGGGCCAGAGUGAUGUCAUAACACGGCUCCCUGCAUCACUGGAAGGCACGCAAGGGAGUAAUGCUGGAAGUUCAUGAAGAGUACAGCCCGCCUCCUCCUCCAUUCUCCCUCAGCCAGCCGCCUCCUGUGGGACACUAAGUGGCCAGUCAGCCAGCUCUUGGCGUAUUACUUGCCUGCGGUGUGUGUUCCCCUUGGGAUAUGUGUACCAUGGGUUGAGAAAUUAGGCCGUAGUUACCGUUUAGGUGACCGGGUCCCCACUUCAAAUAUUAAAAAGAUGAGUUUACUUAUCUUUUCUCCCACGCCGCACUGGUCUCUGGAGUGCAGCUCCGCCUCUUUGGCUAAGGUCAUUGAGAUUGAUCAUCUCAGCCAAUCCAAUGCUUUCCCAUAGGAAAAGCUCCUCCCGAAAGGAGUACUACAAACAUAUGCCGAGCAUCAUUCAGGAAAACUGAUACAAACUAGGCACAGCAACGCAUAAGCCAAUACCUGACUUGUUAGUGUGUGUGACUGCCUUUGUGUGUGACUGCCUGUAUGUGACUGCCUGCCUGCCUGUGUGUGUCUGUCUGUAACUAUCUGUCUGUGUGUGACUGCCUGCCUGUGUGUGUGACUUUCUAUCUGUGUGACUGCCUGCCUGUGUGUGUAUAACUGUCUAUGUGUAUGUUACUGUGUGUCUGUCUGUGUGUGUGACUGCCUAUGUGACUGUCUGUCUGUGUGUGUCGCUGUAGCUGUGCCAUUGUUUGUGCCUGUGCCUGUAUGUGUGACUGCUUUUAACUGAGUGUGUGUGUACAUGCCUGUAACCGAGUUUAAAUUUCCCCCACCCCUUCCUGUCAAGGCCGCACUUUGACUGACAGACGCUCACUCACUGACAGACGCACACUCACUGACAGACACACUCUCAUAUACACUGACAAACAAUGACAUACACACAUACACUAUUACUUGGACACACACUGACAGAUGCACACUCUCACUGACAGACGCAAGCACUCACUGAAAGAUGCACGACUCCACUGACCGACACAUACACACUGACUGACACACACUCACUGACCGACACACACUCACUGACCGACACACACACUCACUGACCUACACACUCACUGACCGACACACACUCACUGGCGACACAUACACACUCACUGACUACACAUACACACUCACUGACUGACACAUACACACUCACUGACUGACACAUAUACACUCACUGACCAACACACACAUUCACUCACAGACACACACACAUUCACUUACAGACACACACACACACACACACACACACAUUCACUUCAAAAUAAACACUCACAGACACACACACAGACAUUUCCACUAACACUCACAAACUAAUAUUUUUACAUUUAUUUUAAAUCCACCCAGCCUCCCUGGGAAAGCUGGAGUGGAUUUCUUACCAGCAGUCCAGUGUGGCUGCUGGGCAGGCAGGCAGGGGGCGCACAGGCUGAGUAAGCAGCGCUUAGUGAUGCCGGGAGCCGGACUGACGCCAUAUUCUGGCUCCCGGCUUCAUUAAGCGGCGCAGAGGAAGCUGAGCAGGAAGAGCUCAGGUGAGUAUGCUCCUUCGCUGCCCGCUGCCAGCCUUGGGGGGGCUCAAAAGUGGCCAGCCGUCAGCUCUUGAGCCCCCCAGGAUGCGAGGCAAGCAAGGGAUCUGCCUGGGGUUUGGAGGGAUGCUUUUUUUUGCCGCCCCCUGCAAAGUGGCGCCAAGGCAGAUGCCUUGUUUGCCUCGUGAUACACACGUCCCCGGUGCCUGUGUGUGUUACUGUAUUCAGGCAACUUGGUGGGAGGUGGGGGGGGCGCCGUGAAGACUUUUUGCACAGGGCGCCUAAUUGCCUAAGGCCGGCCCUGCCUUUAACAAGGGUGUUGCGUGGGAGUCUAACCCAGGCUAGAGCCACAAGUGGCCUCCGAAAAGUCCUGGGUCUUUAAAAUCCCAUGUAUAAUUAUUAGCCCCAAGUUUGAAGACUUGGGCCGGCCGGGGACUCGGAGCUAUGCAUGGCUCUCACCCAGCGCUUUCAGACCUUGUUUAAUGGAUCUAGUUCAGUGCGUUGCCACGGGCUACCAUGGGACUGUACUCCUGCUGUAAAUCCAGAUUGCGCAAGACCCAUUGCAUCUGGAGAAAGAGACCAGAAACUCUGUCUCCACACUGGACCACCGAGGUCUAAAAGAUGCCCUCUCCCUGCCCCAAGGUAACCAGAGAGAGUGGAGAAUAAAUUGUAUUUAUUUAUUUAUUUUUUAGUAAAAAGGGUUUAAUAAAUAUAUUUAUAUUAUGCAUAUAAUUCAUAUAUUAUAUAAAAUUUAAGCCCAAUUUCACCCCCUCCACACUUACCAUAAUACAUCCCCUGCAAAUACACCAAAAUAUUUGUGGACUCAAACUCUGGGAAACUCUUUUUUUUUUUUACUGUAUUAUAAUUUUUUCUGUUGAGAAUGUUUCAAUAAAAAAUAUUUAUGCAAAAAAAAAAACAGUACUAUCAUGAAGUAUUGUACUAUCCCUAUUCCCUAUGGAUUGCAAUCCCAUUACACCACCAUCCCAACAAUCACUAAUCUGCACACGCAGGGCCACCGGUCACUUGCUUUCGUUUAUCAAUAUUUUUUUUUUAUAAAUUUACAUACAUACAUACAUAUAUAUAUAUAUAUAUAUAUAUAUAUAUAUAUAUGUAAUAAUACAUUGAAUUUAUUUCCACACUCAUUUGUGGAUUUAACUAAUUAUUAGUGGGACUCUGAAAUUCAAAUGACAAUAUUAUUUAUGGAACUUGUCAACCAAUUUGAUAAAUUUUACUAUUAACCAGAACAGUAUUGCGAACAGAAUGACCUAGUGUCAGGAAAAAAAAAACAUUUUUCAGCAGCUGACAAACCAGCCAGGCUGAGGGUGAUGAGAGUUGUAAUCCAACAAAAACGAACAACAACUCUAUUUCUGCUGCCUGUAAGGCUAUCCAGCACUCUAUUUUUUAAUCCCUUUGCCCAUUUACACUCUUCUCCCUCUGUAAGUGCAGAUCCAGCAGAAUACUUUAUAAUAAAUGUACCAUUCCCCCUUCCUGCAGUUUCUGCUAAAGGGAAAAAGUUUAUCAUGAACCCUGAGACUACAUUUACCGUCAUGCAACGCGCGUUACUAGGACGAACGCUGAGUAAACGGAGGUAAGACAGGGUGAGUGGAUUUCCGAUCCUUGGUUGGUGCUAUUUUUUUGUUAUGUUUUACAGUUUAUCUGACGGAGAAACAUUUUGCUAAAUAUGAUGACUGGGCCGACAGGAGGCCCACCUGCUGCUGUAGGACUACAAUUCCCUUGAUGCUUUGCAGGUGUCAACCCUGGCUUUAGCUCCAUUAUAGCACUCUAUGGGGAAUCCAGUUCUUUGGGAUUAUAAUCUUAUUUGCUCAUUGAGCUCCACUAUUGUCAAUAAUAUGAAUGCAGGUUAUAAAAGAGAAGCAGAGAGCUGAGCAGUUACAUUGGAGUGGCAUGUAGACCAAAACCACUUCAUUAAAGCAGCUCUGUCACCGUCCGCAAAUUAUGCAAAGACCCACCCAAUGAUGACUAGUUGGGGUCCAGCGACCAAUGGGGGGUGAGGGGGGUAGGCACGGAAAGAUGAGAUUUACUUACCUGAACCAGUCCCUUUUGGACGCCGUCAUCCUCUUCCUCUUCGCCAUUCUGUUAUCGCUGUAUUCUUGCGCAUGCAAGAUUCUUCAUAGAAAUGUCUUAAUUUUCCUAUAGCCAUCACUAAUGACAGCUGGGGAAUAUGACAAGGCUUAGCAGUGCUAGCUCCGCCUUUUGUCAAGCUUUGUCAGGUGUAGGAAAAAUACUGAUACAACGUACAGUAGUCACUUUGUGAAAUUCCAACAGUCUACAUAGUUUAUAAACAUUUUAUCUUCAUUAAAUACUCAUUUUGGUGGUGGAGGAUGACAGUACCUCGUUAAGCUAAAGUUGCUAACCUACUUAAAAUUUUCCUUUAAUUGAAAGCAAAACUAGGGAUUUGCAUAGGAUUUACAAGACGACUAGGGCCCUCUUUUUCUAAAAUAUAUGCCAUAUUGUUCUGCUACAGCCUCCAAGUACCAAUAUAAAAAAAUAUUUUUAAAAAUACAUUCCAGGCACCUAAGGUGCAAAACUACCGUAUAUCUCAUAGGGUAUUAUAAUAUUUAAAUCCUGACAUUUUUCAUGGUGAUAGAUGCACUCUUUUUGCACACACACAUUUACACACAGAGGACACUGACACACAUAUUUACACACAGAAGACUGACAUAGAAAACAGAAAACUGACAGACACACUUACUGAAACACGCAUUCACUGACAGACACACAAACUCACUGAUUUGACACACACUGACAGACACACACUGACACACAUUCACUGACAGACACACAAACAUAUUAUUUUUAUUAUUUUAAUGUAAGUCCACCCAACCUUCCUACCUUUGGGAGAGCUGGAGUGGGUCCAUUCCCUGGAGUCCAGUGUUAGGUUUGUAUAAUAUUCGUGCUCUUCCAACACUGCUCCCCUGCUCUCUGUUUAGUGAUGCCGGGGCCAGAGUGAUGUCAUAACACGGCUCCCUGCAUCACUGGAAGGCACGCAAGGGAGUAAUGCUGGAAGUUCAUGAAGAGUACAGCCCGCCUCCUCCUCCAUUCUCCCUCAGCCAGCCGCCUCCUGUGGGACACUAAGUGGCCAGUCAGCCAGCUCUUGGCGUAUUACUUGCCUGCGGUGUGUGUUCCCCUUGGGAUAUGUGUACCAUGGGUUGAGAAAUUAGGCCGUAGUUACCGUUUAGGUGACCGGGUCCCCACUUCAAAUAUUAAAAAGAUUAGUUUACUUAUCUUUUCUCCCACGCAGCACUGGUCUCUGGAGUGCAGCUCCGCCUCUUUGGCUAAGGUCAUUGAGAUUGAUCAUCUCAGCCAAUCCAAUGCUUUCCCAUAGGAAAAGCUCCUCCCGAAAGGAGUACUACAAACAUAUGCCGAGCAUCAUUCAGGAAAACUGAUACAAACUAGGCACAGCAACGCAUAAGCCAAUACCUGACUUGUUAAUACUGUAACAAACUGUUAUCUGUAAAACCAACGUUCCAUCCCAAUCUCUUCUUUCUGUAACCCCUUCCCCAUAAAGUACAAAAACGAAAAACCAACAAAAUAAAGAAUUUAUAAAAAAUAAUAAUAAUAAUAAAAUACUGCGCUGUAUCAAUCAGAUGGUCUCCUGAGACCAUCUAAUAGACAUAGUGAAGGUUUACUCCACUAUUUCGGUCAAAACGCCUCUAGUGGCUGUCAGUAAGAAAGUCACUCAAUGUACAUUAACCCUGCAAUUAAAGCAUUGCUUUUCCUCCAGAAUAGCAGUGGUUUGAGCUGCAGGGCUAAAUGGGGGGACAUAGCAUCCAGACCACUUCAUUAAAAUUAAGUGGUCUGGGUGCCUAUAAUGUUUCUUUAAAGUGUUACUUCAAGCACCAAUACCACUUCAGUGUUUUAAAAUGGUCAUAGCGCUUGGAGUCUAUAUGAGCAGCAUGAAACAUAUAUAGAGAUAUCUGAGGUUGCUGAUGGAGGUGUAACUCCACCUCCAGCUUUGUCAUUAGCCAGUUCGGGAACAUGAGUUUAAUGUCAAAUGUGUGCGUUAUUGACAUCUGUCGUCAGACCACCUAGUAUGCCAGUGGCAGACAACCAAUGGCAGCACCCCCCAUGCAGCACACCAUUGUGUGAAAUCCAAACCUCCCCUCAGCUUGUCUACUGGAGUGUCCCUCCUCAAAAUGCUUUUCUAUGGGGAGAGCAUAAUACAAUUGUGGAAGUUGCCGUGCAUGUGCAUUUGGUCCCCUCGUCUUAUGAUGUAGGCAGAUGCAGAGCGCCGAGGGAUAUUGGCCCUGAAAUCAAAUAAGUGACUACUUUUUUUUAACACUUUAUAUUUGGGGGGGAGGAGGGGAGCCAUGAGGGAGGGGAGUACUUAGAUGGUGCUAUAGUGUUAGGAACACAUAUUUGUAUUCCUAACAUUAUAGAAUCCCUUUAAGUGCUUUAGUGGCCUUGAGUGUCACUUCAAAACAGCUUUGAAUAUAGAGCGUGUAUACUGUGUUAUUACAUCAGAUAUUAUGAACUAUAAUUGUGCUUUUUUCCCCCCAUAUAUUCUAUCAGGAAAUGGAGAGACCAGGAUCUAGUAACAGGAAGAGAGGACUCCGAGGGAAAACACAGGUGAGAAAAAUCAGGAAUGUAUUUUGAAAUUUGAUAUACACGUAUCUUUUGACCAACUAAAAAUUUAUGUAUCUUAUGUGAAUGCCAUUUAAUUCAUUAAAGCUAAAAGUUACGAUACUAUAACUUAAUUCCCAUUAUCUACUUCAGUUGUUUUAAAAAGAAAACUUACAUUUUGUGAGCUUUGAAAAUGGGUUGCGUGUGUAAGUGCACUAGAUUCUUUAUUAUGUAUUAACUAUACUGCUAGGAAUACAAAGUUGUAUUGUAGUGCCCCCUUCCUUGCGCUCUCCAUCCUUGUGUUAUACAAAGUUGUAUUGUAGUGCCCCCCUUCCUUUCUGCCCUCCUCGUCUCAUGGCGCUGAAAAACGCUUUUGUCACAUACCUGAUUCAGCCUCUGCUCCACCUCCACCGAUGUCAGGCGAGCGCCGCAAUCACAUUAGGACUACCACAUAGGAAAACAUUGAAUCAGUGCUUUCCUAUGGGAUUUUAGCUGAUGCUGGAUAUAAAACGUGAGGAUGUCCAGUGUCAUUUAGCAGACCAAAAGUUCACUGAGGACCCAGAAGCUAAGGCGGUACACAGCCACUAGAGGUGGAGUUAACCCUACUAACUAAUAUUGCACUUUAUCAAUAACCGGAGACAGGGAUGCAGACCACUUCCAUGAGCUGAAGUGGUCUGGGUGCCUAUAUUGUCUCUUUAAUGCAUGUAUAAUGUUUGUUAAAGGAUCACUAUAGUGUCAGAAAAACAAACCAGUUUUCCUGACACUAUGUCAUCUUUGGGGGACCCUCACCCUCAGGGUCUCCCUCCUGUGGUGCUGAAGGUUAAUCCAGCCCCGGGCUCCCUCAGCUCUGUUGACCUCUCCUCCCCCACCGACAUCAGCGCCCGAGUGGAGCGGAAUGCGCAUUUCUCAAUGCUUUCCUAUGGACGUUCUGCACGCUGGAUGCUAAUUUCGCAUCCAGCGUCGCAGAAGCGCCUCUAGUGGCUGUCAGGAAGACAGCCACUAGAGGUUGGAUUAAUUUUGCUAUGUAAACAGAGCAGUUUCUCUGAAACUGUUCUGUUUACAUGUGAAGGGUUAAAACCUGAGGGACCUGGCACCCAGACCACUUCAUUGAGCUGAAGUGGUCUGGGUGACUAUAGUGUCCCUUUAACCAGUUUGCAUGUUUUAUCUCCUGUCUCUUUUGCGUAUCACAUAAUAUUUACUAUCAUGCACAUGACUUGUCUUCCUGCCUUAAUAUCCAUUGGGUAUCUUUUUAAAUUUCUGUAACAUGUUUGAGAAGUGACACAGCAAUCAGGAGGGAAGGGAGAGUUUGGAUAUGAGUCUUACAUAUUCUGAAAGUAGAAUUCUUGCAUGUGAUGUUUGCACAUAGUUUUGUCAGUUAUUCACACAUAUUGUUACUUGGAACAAGUUAAACUCAGCAGGGUUUCUCGGUUACAUGAACCCUGCUGAGAUCAAUGCAACAAACUUGUUAACCCUGGAGGCAUUUUGCUGCCAAUUCUGGUGCAACAAGAUUUGCCUGAGUUCAGCUAUUGACGUCAUGAGAGGCUUAACUCUGGAUAGCUCUGAAGUGCUUGGUAAAUACUUUAUUUGCUGAGCACUUACAUUGGAGCUGACUUGGCCCACAUUCCACAUUGCAGUAGUCAUUUUUUUAGUGAUUAAACCAUAUGUAGUCUGACAAAGGAGGGAAUAUUUACAGGUUCUUGCUAUUACUUAGUGGUAAAAACCUACCUAAUUAAGCUACACAUGGUUGCUAUACUGACCGGCUCUUUGAAGAGACUGUCAUCCCAAUAUCCCAAUCUAGGACUCCACUAAUUUGCUGUCCUGUGUCUCCAAUUUUCACUGACUGAUAGUCAGAAUCCUGACAUUUGGUUGGUGCCAGAGCCUCGACACUAAAAGAUGGUUGCAAUGCUUAUUUGAGAAGAUGACAGCAAUGAUUAUUAAAAAAUGGCCAGUUUAGUAACAUACUUAGUUGGUAGAUACAUUUUAUGUCCCGUAUCAGAAUCAGUGCCUGAUUAUUCCAGAGAUUUGUGUAUUUGUGUAUUUAAUCUUUAUCUUUCCUCAGGAUCCUAAUGUGCGCUUGUCCAAGCUCCUGUCAUAUGCUUUGCGUCAUGGAGCGGAUAGUCUGGGUCUGCCCAUGGGAUCAGGUAGUAUACAUGUCUCUGCACUGGGCUAAAUACAUUUCCCACCUUUUUCUUGCAAUCUUUCAGUUAGCAUAGUGCUUGAACGUUUGUCAGUGUUUUUUUUUAUUUUUUUAUUCUGCUCUUUUCCUUAUCUGAUUGGUUAACCAUUUUCCCUUAACUGUCUUUGGCUUCCCAUUUUCCGUCCAUCCCUAACUUUGACUCUUUUGCUCAUUUAAGCUUUUCAUAUUUCUCAACUUUUUCCUGCCUUUAUUUUGCUUCAACCUCACCUUUUUUCAUUUACUUCUCAGAUGGCUUUGUGCCACUUUCAGCUCUUCUCGUCCUUCCUCAGUUCCGCUCAUAUUCCCAAACCGACAUUGAGCGAGUAGUGGACUCUAAUGACAAGCAGCGGUUCACUUUACGACAUUCCGAGCAUUCUGGUGUCACUGAGAUCCGAGCCAAUCAAGGGCACACUUUGAAGGUAAUGUCAGGUGGUUACAUUUAUCGAUUGAUUUGACUAAGAAUCAUGGGGGGAGGGUAUCAACCUCAAGGGUUUAGAAGGGAGAAGGAGAGCAAGGAAAAGAGGUUUGGGGAUAGAGAUAGUAAAAGGGAGGAGAGGUAAAAAGAAAAAAAUGGGAAUUCUAAAAGGGUAGCGUGUUUUUUUGCUCAAAGCGAAAUAAUACACUAAUAUGGCCAUACUAGGUUGUUAGAGGUCAAGGGUCUGCAAGAACACUCACAGGUUUCCAUCUGGUAUUAGAGCUGUAUGAUUAGUGAGCAACUCCUGCCAGGGAGACCACAAUUUUCAAAGGGAUUCCAGAUUCUAGUCGCAAUGUGGUACUGGGUAGGUGGAGAUCUCUCGACUGGGUAAGUCCCAUGUGAGGUGCUGCACAAACUGUAUGCCCAGUUGGAUGAGGGACAUCCUCCCUGUUCAGAUGCGCUAUCUGGUUGUUGUUGAAACUAGAGGCCCUAAGUACUAUUUUUCAGUGGUCAUGUUUGUGUUAUAACUCACAUUAUGGGUUGUGACUCCUGAAGUAUAACCAAUUUAAAGGACUGGAAGUAAGAGAUUUUCACCACACGCCCUAUCUGCCAUUGGCUCCACAUAAUGCUAAGAGAUGCAAAAUUGUUGCAACAGCUACCUUCUCAUUGAUACAGUGUAUUUGUUUAUCAGUUCUAAUAAGGUUCCAUAACUGUUAGGAAAAGGAAAUCACGGGUGUCUAUAAAGUCAUCUUUUAUUCUCAUCUUUAUAAAUGUUGGUAUCAAUAGACAUAAAUAAUCAAAAGCUAAUACUAAUUUCUAAAUCCAGAGCAAUUCAUAUUACUUGCCAACAUUUACUCUUCAAAGAACAAUAAAUGGAUUAUUUCAAAGUAGAAUGAAAGGAGACAAUCUCCAUUCUCCACCAGACCAUUAAAAGGCAAAUAUGGCCUAAAUAUCCGUGCCUGGACUCAAUGUCCUAUUAUCCACAAUAUAUUUAUGCUAAGAUGAUACAAUGUAAAUAGUACGAUUGACUUACUUAUCUUUAAAGGACCACUAUAGGCACCCAGACCAAUUCAGCUUAAUGAAGUGGUCUGGGUGCCAGGUCCAGCUAGGAUUAACCCUUUCUUCUAUUAACAUAGCAGUUUCACUGAAACUGCUAUGUUAAUAAUAGGGUUAAUCCAGCCUCUAGUGGCUGUCUCAUUGACAGCCGCUAGAGGCGCCUCCGCACUUUUCACUGUGAUUUUCAUAGGAAAGCAUUGAGAAUGCCUUCCUAUGGACUGGUUGAAUGUGCGCGGCUCGUGCCGCGCAUGCGCAUUCAGCCGAUGACGACAAGAAGGAGGAGGAGAGCAGGAGGAGAGUCCCGAGCCCGGCGUGGAAAAAUAAGUAAAUUUAACCCCUUCAACCCCCUAGAGCCCGGCGGGAGGGAGGCCCUGAGGGUGGGGAGGACCUAGAGACCCUAUAGUGCCAGGAAAACGAGUAUGUUUUCCUGGCGCUAUAGUGGUCCUUUAAUAGAACUUGGCUGUUAUAAUGGGCAACUAAGUGGGUUAUUCACUAAAUACUGGAUAAACACUGUAUAUCAGGUGUGUGCAUAUGGAGGUUUUAAAUCACCCUUAUAGCAUUAUUGAGGUCUUAUUGACACCCAUAGGAUUUGUAAUUUAUUUGUUUAACUUUUGUAAUGUGAUGGCUGGCUUGGAAGCACUGACAAAGCACUGCAGUAGGCAAAUAGUUUAGAUUUUUUAAAAGACAAGCCCAGGUUUAAAACAUUUGGGUCCGGAUUUCAGCCAGAUGGCUGAAAUCCAAAACAAAUUCAAGCCCAUUUGAAAUUCCUUAUUUGUAACCGUUAGGAUAAAUUAUUUAAAGGACAGGAAACUUUACAGUCUGAUUAUAGUAAUGGUCAGGGAUACACAAUAUUUUCCAAAGCAGCUAAUGUGAAUUCUGGCUCCAGUCAUGCCUUUUCAAUACCCAAAUUGAGUGUAAACUUAUUAUGGUCAUGUAUUUUGCAGUAUGUAAUCUAGUCUAUAAAGCCUCACUCACCUUCAUUUGUAAUCUAGUUAUGCUUAUCAGCCAGUAGAGGAACAAAUUUCUCUUUCAGAAGCCACUUGUCAUUGAUAUAUAGUGCCAGUUAUGUUGCUGAAAAUGUAAGCUCCACCCCCUGCUAUCAAACAUUACAGGAAGUUUCAAUUGGUUAUAAUAUUUCUACAGUCAAUCAGAGGGAGGAGUGAAUGGACUCUUCAAAUUUACUGUCUGCAUUUCUUUUGCAGUCCGGAGAUUGAUUGAUUGUUAUAGCAGUUUUAAACACAUUUAUUUUAGAAAUAUAUGAUAUAACUGUAUUAACUGUAUGUGGGCAUUACGCUCAAAUGCUCACAUUUUUACAUUCUGUUGUCAUUAUAGGAAAGCUGUACUGCUAGUAAUGCCUUCAGUGUCCUUGCAAAUACAUAUAAUUUGGGUAUUUGUCAAUUUUGUUUUAUUUAUUGCAAAGUAUUUGACCAUCUUUAUUUAUCUAUUUUUGUCCCAUAUGAUAAAAAUCGAAUUGUUGCUUUUAUGCUAACAUUUCUGACCCUGUGUAAAAUAUAGAAAGAUGAUGGACAUUGCAUAUUGUCCAAAGCAUUUUCAAUUCCCAAUAUUUGAACAAAUAAAUGAAAACUAAAAAAUAUGUAAAUGUACAUAAACUAUAAACAAAAGCAAUCUUAUUUAAGCAAGUAUGAACAAAAUUGCCAUAUUAUAUGUUUACAUGCUAGCUAUGCAUCCCUUACUUCAAAUAAAUGUAAUGACAGUAUUUUUAUUCAAUCAAAAAGUGCUCAGUAGUGAAAGCGGGUAGUGGCUCAUCUUUCGGUCAGCUGCCAUAGUGGCCAACAUUAGAAGGAUUACCCAUCUCUGUAGCAGGUCAGGGAUAGUAAACCUAUUGGUCAUAAUAAUAAAAACAAUUCUGGGGCAAAGUCAAUCACCAAGGAGAUCAACUAAAUGUUUUAAUAGAAGACUAUGGAUACAAGGCUACACAGAAUCGUUCUUUAUCUAUACAGCCUAACGUCUAAUAAAUAAAAUGUAAUGUGUCUACUUUCAGGUAGAAGUUGAACUUACCGCACUGGGGGAUGAGCUUCCUGAACAGGCUAUUCAUGGAACUUACCUCCGUCACUGGCCUUCGAUACUUCAAUGCGGUCUAGCUCGUAUGAAGAGAACACAUAUCCACCUCUCUACCGAGCUCCCUGGAGAGGGCAAAACAGUUAUCAGUGGUGAGCAGCUCCUGAUGAAAAGUGUUAAUUUCUCAGUAGACAAUGUAAACAGAAAAGUGACCCAGGGAUCCUUCUAGACAGGCUGGUGACAAAAUAUUCUAGAUCAGGAAUAGGCAACCUUCCGCACUCCAGAUGUUUUGGACUUCACCUCCCAUGAUGCUUUCCCAGCAUUAUGGGUGUAAGAACAUUAUGGGGAAUGUAGUCCACAACAUCUUGAGUGCCGAAUGUUGCACAUCCCUGGCCUAGAUUAUUGCUGCACCAGAGAAAGAUCAUUGAACUGGGGUAACAAAAUGCCAUGCAGAUAAGGAGAAGGCAUGUGUCAUGAACAACAGCAUGUUUGGUCUCUUGGAUCUUUGCCCACAGUGCUGUUAUUUAAAGUGGGCAUGUAACUUUUUUUUUUUAGUUUUCCUUUCCUUGUGCCCCUUGGGUCUUGUUGAUUAUACUCCCUCCCUUGCCAUUUGGAUGUAUUUAUACUUCUUUUCUUCCUCGUGCUGGAUCUCAAUACCUGGGGGCAGCCAUUUUGUUGUUCUCUUUCCAUUAUGUCUGCCGUUUGCUCCUCUGUGGGAUCGGUUUUCUGGUGAUUGUUGGUCAAUUUGAUUGAUAGGUAACACAGAACUUUGCUUUAAGUUCACUCAUUGUCAGCAUUUGUCAACUUGACUGCUAUACAAAAGGAAAUAGCAAGUCUCUAAACACGGAGUAGUAUAGAAGCAGUUUAUAUUUGGUUACAGGUCCUCUUUUAGGGUCUUCUCAGUGGAUUAUCAGCAGUGAGUGUUAUUCUAUAAUUAUUUCAUAGUCCUCGUAUCAAAUGAAACAUUACAAAAGAUAGUGAACAAUAUACCUGUGAAAAUAAUAGACAAUAAAACAAGGGGUCACUUGUAAUUAAUCAGUGGUCCGAAUGGUUUAGAAUAGUGUGUGAGUGCGCUGGGGUUUGAGAUGCUUUGGAAGUUUCACUUAAAGGGACAGACCAGACCCCUAAAGCUCUUUGGAAUGCUGAAAACAUUUAUUUCUGAAGAGUAUGUCCUUCUUGAGCAUUUUGCAAAAAGUGCAGAUUUCAAUAGAAAUUUGCACUUUUAUAAAUUAACCUGGUUACACCCACUGGCUUUUCAAGCAAACAACAGUUCCUGGGUUCCUGGAUUUGGUUAGCUUAUUUGCACUGAACUCAAGAGGCAGCUCCCAGAGCACCUGCCUUGCAUUGGGAAGUCUGUGAUUGGACAGCCACAGGAAAUGUGGGCGGGAUUAGAAAGGAAGGGCUUGCAAAGGCAGCAGACAAGAUAGCUGCAGUUUUUGCAAGCGCUUUUAAAUAUAACUUCAAUGAAAAAAAUGCAUAAUUAUUUUUUAUUUUUGUUUGGGGUAUAUCUACUAAGCAGUGAUUUUUAUUUAUUUUGUAUAUGGGCAGUGAUGUGUCCCUUUAAUGGAUUAUGGAUGUCAAGAAAUAUUGUUGAGCAAAGUUUUUAAUGUUAAGCAAUUACUUCUCUCUCCGCAUCAUUUUAAAAAAAAAGGCAUUUGCAGGCAUGCGGAAUGGACUGCGAGGUGGCCAUAUUUAUAGACCUGUCGAAAGCUAUAGCAGGUCGCCUCCCAGAAUGUAUUUAUAGGGUCAUAAGGGGCUAUACCUGUUUCCGAUAGGGAGUUGAGAGAGCCCUAUAGUCUUCUCAGUAAGGCGAACUAAACCACGGGAUGUAAGGCGAGAGAAACGUCUAAAGCCCUAGAAAGGGCCCAGAGAACACGGGCGAACGGUAGUCGUAUGCCCCUAUACAUUAAACAACUCUAUUCGACAGGCGAAUAUUGUAGGUACUAAGUCAGUAAGCAAAGACAACAUAGUGCUUGUAGACGUGGGACGGCUAGGGGAGGGGGGUGAGGGGGAAAGGGUCAGAUGGGAAGACCGCUGUAAGGGGACGGAGGAAAAGGGAUAAACUUCCAAACAAAUGCUGUAAGGGGAAAGAUGCCUUUGCUUCUCAUAUUUCUCUGUUUCCUCAAUGUAUAUCGCAUUGGUUGGAUGUCAUGUACAUGCUAUGUGAAACAAAAAUAAAAAGAGAAUGACAAAAAAAAAAAACAAAAAAAACAUUUUUUAGAUAGUAAAACAAGGAUUAGUUAGAUUAAAAACUAUGUCUAUAAACUGUAUUUACAACUCAGUUGAUAAAUCACAUGAAGAGGAGAGGUGAAAAGUCAAAUAAGUCAAUGGGACCUGAUGGAAUACACCCAAAGCUAUAUUAGUGGUGCUAGCAAAACCAUUGAUUUAGUUAACAACCCAGAAGAUACCCAGUGGGAGGAGUCUAUAGGCCAGUAAGCCCCUAUACAUGAAGGAUAGGAAAAUCUAGUAAGAUCAGAGACAACAUGGGUUUACUUCAGGGAGAUCAUGCCAAACUAAUCUUAUUGAGGGGUAACUAAAAUUAUAGAUGAAGACAGCUUUAUUAGGAAACACAGUACAAAAAUAAGCAGUGGCUGCAGGCAUGUUUCGGCCCACAAAGGGGUCAUUGUCAAGCUUGAUGUUCCAGGAAUAAGCCAUGACCUCAGAAUAUGUGGAUCAGAUAACAGUUGCUAACCUAUUUUUGAUUCUGAUGUUCAGACUAAUAGAAGCAGGAAAUGCUAGCAGAAUAUAAGGUAUUAGCAUGCCAUUGUACAGUGGUGCCUUGGAGACCGUACUAGAAGGAUAAACCUUAGAGAGGGUUCAGAGAAGGGCUACUAAACUGGUUCAUGGAUUGCGGGAUAAAACUUACCAGGAAAGGUUAAAGGAUCUUAACAUGUAUAGCUUGGAGGAAAGACGAGACAGGGGGGAUAUGAUAGAAACAGGGAAUUAAAGCUACUAGAGAGUCCGUUUACUAUAACCAGUCACAAAUUUAGAAUAAUUAUCUAACUUAUUAACUAUGCUAACAGACUAGAUUUUCUAUCUGCCGUCACAUUCUAUGUUUCUAUGGAUCAAACGUUGCUCCUAUUUUUGUUCUGUGUUCAAUAAAGCUGCUAUAUAAUUGACCUUGAGUGCCUGGACCGUACUAUAAACUUUAACUGUCAUAACAAAUGAAUAUCGAAAGAUAUCAGGAUUGCCUGAGAGCCUUAUAUAACCAUUAGAAUAAUUAUCUCUUAUUUAUCUAACACAAUUUUCUACACAUCAAUUGACUUGUCCGUUAUUUCAAUGGGAAUAUCAUUUAAAAAAAAAAAAACUUUUGUACUGUAGUGAGUUACAAUACACGGUUUCUUAAAAUCGACCUGCUCCAGGUUGUUGAAAGGUAGCUAUGACUGAUGUCCUUAAUUAAGCCCCUCAUUCUAAGUGAUACGGUAGGAGAGUAGCUAGAGAGAGCGCUUUACUGGUUGUACCCCUAGCGUCCCCAUAAUAUCCAUUUCGAGAAGGGGGACUUGGUUAAUGGCAACAGCUGCAUAUAGUAUGUAAUGCACGAUAGUGUAGUUCCAACAUUUCCCUGCCCUGUGAUUAGGUUCCCAUCACUCCACAGCACUGAUCACGCCAUGCAUUGCAGUUUUUAAUAUAAGUGGGAUUUGAAAAUGUGAUCUGCCAUUUGACUAUAUCUACAGACAACGUAAAAUAUGUUUGACGAGUUAUGGGCUUUGCCUGUUUUAUUCCUGCAGUAACUCUGUCAUUUUAGGGAGAGGUAACGGGAAGGACAGGGGAUAUAUAUAUGAAAUAUGUGGUGUGUUCUAAUAGGUUGCUUGGUAUUUUCAGCCAAUCAGAAUACAACUGAAAUUCAAAUCAUAUUCAGUCAGAGACUUUGAUAAAAAAAGACAAUGAUAAAAAUGUCUCAACUCUCAACUUACACAAUACUGAUUUUGUGGGCAAAAAAAAGUAAAAAAAAAAAAAAAAUGUAUAUCUAAAUGUUAUGACAAGGAAAUAGUUUUUUUUUCUACACCCCUCUCUAAGUAAUGAGUUAAUUUCAUAUUAUAUCAUCGGCUUUCUUGCAUUUUAUUAGCUGAUAUCAUUACCAAAGUUGCCAAUUACACAUCUGACUUAAAAAAUGUUAAUGCUUUUCCAGCUGUGUGAACAGGACUUGUAAGUAAAUUUAAUUCCAUCAGUUCCCUUAGGUGACCCCAGUAAGCUGUUAUAUUAUCCACUACCAACGAAUGAGCAUUAAGGAUGUCAUUUUUCAAUACAUUUUUUAAAAAACAGUUGUGGUAGAAUUGAACUCUGCUAUACCGAAGAAGAUUAAAUGUCAGGGAAAUAUUUUGGAAUUAAACCAGAUGCAACGCAUGGAAUUUAACAUGAGAAAUUUAAUUUACUAUCUUGACUGACCACAAUAUAUUUUUCCAUAUGUCUGUAUAUUUGUUCCUACGUAUAUGCAGAAUUUUAGGCUUGUAAACUGUUCUCAUAAGAUAUUAACUAUGGGGGAUACAUUAUUACUCAUCAGUGACAAAAACAUCUAACAUUCAAAAAUGACAUAAUAUUAUUUUCUUUUCAAUAUUCUGGAUUACAUCAGUUCUGAAGAUGUUAGACAUUGCUACACAACCUGUCUUUUUACAUAUUUUUUUUAAUAUUCUGGAGGAGCAGUUCUCUUCCUGUCCUGUUAGUACACCUUGCUGUCAUCUUACCUGUCUGGCAUUCUACAUCAGGUUAUAGGAGCCGUUUCACUCUUCCUUUUAAACAUGCACCAUCAGUGUCAUCUGACCAAACUGGUUGGCAUGUUUAGUUCAACAUUUUGCCCAUAUCUUUUAAACAUGCUUCCCCAGAUGUUCCCUGGUGGUCCAGCAACCUGAUGCCUAUGUGCUGCAGCCCGCUUGGACGCCAGUUCUACACAAAUCCAUCUGUAAUGAAUAACCCAGUGAUGCAUCUUUUGUCUUCUUCACUAAGCCCCAUAUUGUCGUGAUCACUGUUCUACAAUUGCUAUCCAUCUUCUGUAAUGAAUAACCCUGUCAAAUGUAUUCACUAAACCCCAUAUUGUAGUCAACUGAAAAGUAAAUUGCUAAACUGUAACCGAAAAAACUUGCAAAAGCCAGACACAGAGAGAUAGAUGCAGGUCUUCAGGAAGUAAAAGGUAGUUAUUAACAUACCGAUCGGGUCUCAGAUGAACUAACGUUCCAAAACAGGUCUGAGGGCCGAACACAUGGAGUACAUGCUUUUUAUAGAACUAUAACUCCUCCCAUUAAUAGCUGUCCAUAUCUGGGUAUAACUUCUCGCAACAGAAAUCGUACAACUUCUCCUUCCUUUUCUGUAUGGGUUGGACAAGCUUCUACCCAACCUGAGUAGGUAUACACAGCUACCAACAAGUAACGAUAUCCCCCAGAUUUAGGCAUUACAGUGUAGUCUGCUUGCAAAUCUGACAUUGGGAGUUCUCCCAUAUGCUGAACUCCAGGGGGUUUGACAGGGCCUUGUCUUGCAUUGUUUCGUGCGCACAAAACACAUCUUCGAACAAUAGCUUGAGUAAGAUUGGAUAAUCUUGGUAUGUAGAAAUGUUUCCUGAGAGAUUCUUCCAUACUAUCUAUUCCUGAAUGUGUACCAUUAUGGAAGUUCUGAACAAUCUCUAUAGCCAGAGAUGUCGGAAUAACUAUUCUUCCAUUUUCUAACUGAUACCAAUUAUUCUCCAAGUAUUUCCCAGCUUCAGUCUUCAACCACUCCAUCUCUUGGGUUGUAUAUAUCGGAGUCCAUUGAGACAGAGGUGCCGGCACAAGGGCAGCAACAUACCCCACAUAUUCCUCUUGCCCAGAUUCAGCGGCAUGUUUUGCUGCACUAUCGGCCAUGCGAUUUCCUUUUACUACAUCACUAUCGCCUUUUAGAUGUGCCCUGCAAUGUAUGAUACCGACUUCCUUCGGUUCCCAUACCGCCUCUAAUAGUUGGAGUAUUUCUGCUGCAUACUUGAUUUCUUUCCCUUCUGAAUUCAACAACCCCCUUUCUUUAUACAAUGCUCCAUGGGCAUGGGUGGUUAGAAAAGCGUGUUUGAAAUCUGUGUAAAUAUUCACUUUCAACCCUUCAGCUAAUUGCAAGGCCCUUGUUAAUGCAAUCAGUUCCGCCUUCUGUGCUGAUGUCCCUUUCGACAUUGGCCGUGCUUCUAUCACCUUGUCUAUGGUUUUUACCACAUACCAUGCAUAACGUAUACCUUCUUUCACAUAACUACUACCAUCCGUAAAAUACUGUUUGUCCGGAUUCUGGAUGGGGAAAUCAUGAAGAUCAGGCCUGCUUGAAAACACUUCAUCCAUUAUCUCCAAACAAUCAUGUUGACUUUCAGUAGUCUGGGGCGGAAGGGUAGCUGGAUUCAAAUUAUUGACAGUCUCGAGGUGUACUUUUGGAUUUUCGUAUAGCAUAGCUUGAUAUUUGGUCAUUCGACUGUUGCUAAACCAAUGAUUUCCUUUGUAAUCCAAUAGGGUCUGUACUGCAUGGAGUACUCACAUGUAGAGUUCCUGACCCAAUGUGAGCUUGUCAGCUUCUGCUACCAACAGGGCAGCGGCGGCCACUGCUCGCAGACAAGGUGGAAGACCAUUGGCUACUGCAUCCAACUGAAACAUAGAAACAUAGAAUGUGACGGCAGAUAAGAACCAUUCGGCCCAUCUAGUCUGCCCAAUUUUCUAAAUACUUUCUUUAGUCCCUGGCCUUAUCUUAUAGUUAGGAUAGCCUUAUGCCUAUCCCACGCAUGCUUAAACUCCUUUGCUGUGUUAACCUCUACCACUUCAGCUGGAAGGCUAUUCCAUGCAUCCACUACCCUCUCAGUAAAGUAAUACUUCCUGAUAUUAUUUUUAAACCUUUGUCCCUCUAAUUUAAGACUAUGUCCUCUUGUUGUGGUAGUUUUCUUCUUUUAAAUAUAGUCUCCUCCUUUACUGUGUUGAUUCCCUUUAUAUAUUUAAAUGUUUCUAUCAUAUCCCCCCUGUCUCGUCUUUCCUCCAAGCUAUACAUGUUAAGAUCCUUUAACCUUUCCUGGUAAGUUUUAUCCCGCAAUCCAUGAACCAGUUUAGUAGUCCUUCUCUGAACCCUCUCUAAGGUAUCAAUAUCCUUCUGAAGAUACGGUCUCCAGUACUGUGUACAAUACUCCAAGUGAGGUCUCACCAGUGUUCUGUACAAUGGCAUGAGCACUUCCCUCUUUCUACUGCUAAUACCUCUCCCUAUACAACCAAGCAUUCUGCUAGCAUUUCCUGCUGCUCUAUUACAUUGUCUGCCUACCUUUAAGUCAUCAGAAAUAAUCACCCCUAAAUCCCUUUCCUCAUAUGUUGAGGUUAGAACUCUAUCAAAUAUUCUGUACUCUGCCCUUGGGUUUUUACGCCCAAGAUGCAUUAUCUUGCACUUAUCCACAUUAAAUGUCAGUUGCCACAAUUCUGACCAUUUUUCUAGUUUACCUAAAUCAUUUGCCAUUUGGCUUAUCCCUCCUGGAACAUCAACCCUGUUACAUAUCUUAGUAUCAUCAGCAAAAAGACAUACCUUACCAUCAAGACCUUCUGCAAUAUCACUAAUAAAAAUAUUAAAGAGAAUGGGUCCAAGUACAGAUCCCUGAGGUACCCCACUGGUGACAAGUCCAAGCUUCGAAUAUAUUCCAUUAACUACAACCCUCUGUUGCCUGUCACUCAGCCACUGCCUUACCCAUUCAACAAUAUUGGAAUCCAAACUUAAAGAUUGCAGUUUAUUGAUAAGCCUUCUAUGUGCAACAGUGUCAAAAGCCUUACUGAAAUCUAGGUAAGCAAUGUCUACUGCACCACCCUGAUCUAUAAUUUUAGUUACCCAAUCAAAAAAAUCAAUAAGAUUAGUUUGGCAUGAUCUCCCUUAAGUAAACCCAUGUUGUCUCUGAUCUUGAAAUUCACGUGUUUUUAGAUGUUCAACAAUCCUAUCCUUUAACAUGGUUUCCAUCACUGUUUGGACAUAUAAGCUACAGGUCUUUGCCAUGAUCCCAAAUACUGAGUUAAUACUCCCACAGCCAUUCUUCUUUGCUCGUGUACGUACAGAUAGAAAGGACGUGUGUGAUCUGGUAGACCUAGGGCUGGGGCACUCAUAAGUUCUUUCUUAACAUCCUCAAAUGCCUUCUGUUGUUCAGAGGUCCACAAAAAGGGGUCAUAUUCUGUGCCUUUCAUAGCUUCAUAUAGAGGUUUCGCCAGUGUCGCAUAAUUAGGAAUCCAUAUCCUACAGAAUCCUGCUGCUCCUAAAAAAUGUUUGCACUUGUCUUCUAUUCUUAGGUAUAGAUAUCCGACACACUGCUUCUUUUCUUUCAGGUCCCAUUAUUCUUUGAUCUUCAGAAAUAUGGAAUCCUAAAUAUUUGACAGUUGACCGGCACAAUUGCGCUUUCUUCCUUGAUACCUUGUAUCAUGCUCUCCAGAGAAUGUGAAGCAAAUCAUAAGUUGCUUGUUGGCUUAUCUCUUUGGUAACAGCCGCUAUCAAAAGAUUAUCCAUGUAUUGAAGCAAUACACAUUCUCCUGGGAUGGACUUGAAAUCUUGCAAAUCCUGGCUUAAUACAGAUCCAAAUAGGGCAGGGGAUUUCUUGAAUCCUUGAGAUAGUCGGGUCCAGGUCAUCUGACGCUUUGAACCUGUAACAGCAUCUUCCCAUUGGAAAGCAAAGAUAUACUGACUCUCAGCAGCAAUCCGAAGGCAAAAGAAAGCAUCCAUAAGGUUUAGAACUGUGAAGUAGGUUGCCCCACCUGGUAUCAAAGCAAGCAGAUUAUAGGGGUUGGGUACAACUGGGUGUAUAUUAGCUACUGCAUCAUUAACUGGUCUCAAAUCUUGUACAAGAUGAUACUCAUCUGAUCCUGGUUUCUGAACAGGUAAUAAAGGAGUGUUACAGGGGGAAGUACAGAAUUUUAGGAUGCCAUACCUUACGAACUUAUCCAAGUAGGUCAGUAUGUUUUUCUUAGCCUUUUGAGGUAUAUGAUACUGACGUAGGCUCACAGGAUAACCCCCAAGCUUUAGUUCAAAAUAUAUAGGUGGGAUAUUACGAGCAAGCCCUGGUCGAUUAUUCUCUGCCCAUAUUCCUGGAAUGUCAAAUAAAGGUUCAUCACCCUUCAUUAUGGAGUAGAAGCACCAUUCUUCUUCCCUUGGCACCGAUACCGCCAUUAUGCCUGGUAAUCCAUUUAACCUCAGAGACGUUGAUCCAUUGGGUAGAAAAGUUAUCUGGGCUUGAAGCUUCGAUAAUGGAUCUCGUCCUAGAAGUUGAAUCGGACACUUUGGCAUAUAUAGGAACUAAUGCUUCACCAAAUGGCCUCCCAGAAUGCAAGUGCGACUCUUAAGAACCGGUCUAGCUGCGCUUCUCCCAGUAGCUCCUAUCACAGUUAUAGUUUUUCCUGAAGGCGGAGCUACCAGUUUAGUCACCUAGGAAUGUUCAGCACCAAUGUCAUAAAAGAACUUCUCUUUCCCCCUAUUGCUACAUCGACCAUAGGCUCCGUUCGGCCAAGGGGGAUUGAGCCCGGUCGGUAUCAAUAGUCUUCCAUGAUAGUGUCAGCCAGACCCACAAAAUCUCUAUCCUCUCUAGGUCUCUGAGUAGGUGGAUAAUAUCUAUCUCUCUUGGGAAUUGUUAUAGACCACAAACUAUGCAACAAUGUGCAAUGUCAACCAGCAGUGGCCAAGGCCAGUAAGGUAUUGUCAUGCAUGAAAAAGGGCAUUCAUUCUCUUGACGAGAAUAUAAUUUUGCCUCUUUAUAAAUCACUGGUAUUGAAUAUGCUGUGCAAUUUUGGGCAACUGUUCUAUAGAAGGAUAUUAUGGCACUAGAAAAAGUGCAGAGGCGGGCUACAAAAUUAAUAAAAGGAAUGGAACAUAUCAGCUAUGAAGAAAGGUUAACAAAUUUAAACCUAUUUAGUUUAGAAAAAUGUCACCUGAGAGGGGAUAUGAUAACAUUAUACAAAUAUAUUCGGGGCCAAUACAAACCAUUGUGUGGAAAUCUAUUCACAAACUGUACUUUACAUAGGACACGAGGCCAUGCGUUUAGACUGGAAGAAAGAAGAUUUCAUCUAAGGCAAAAGGAAGGUUUUUUUACUGUAAGAACAAUCAGGAUGUGGAAUUCUCUGCCUGAAGAAGUGGUUUUAUCGGAGUCCAACUACUAGAUGCAUACUUGCAAAAACAGAAUAUUCAGGGAUAUAAUCUUUCAAUGUAGGGUAAUAACUGCUUGAUCCAAGGAUAAAUCUGACUGCCAUUCUGGGGUCAAGAAGGAAUUUUUUUCCUAGCUUGUUGCAAAGUUGUGCUUCAAACUGGGUUUUUUUUUGCCUUCUUUUGGAUCAACAGCAAAAAACAAAUGUGAGGAAGGCUGAACUUGAUGGACCCAAGUCUCUUUUCAGCUAUGUAACUAUGCAACUCCCUCUACUAUUCCCACCGUUCCCUCCAAAACUUCCUCUUCCUCUAUAACUACCACUAUAACCUCCCUGCACUCUUCUCUCUCCCUGUCUAUUAUUUAAUAAUACUCUCUCUGUGGACACUCAUUCUUCCAAUGUCCCUCCUCUCUACAAUGCGCACAUUGAUUCCUACUUAAAGGUCCCUUACUCAGCCUAUUCUCAACUCCUUUAUUCACCUCCCUUCCCUGUCUCUCUACACUUGUGAUAGCUACCGCCAGCAUAUCUGCCUUCUUCCUCAUUUUACGUUCUUCCUCCCGCUUUAUCUCAGUUUCCCUAUUCAUAUAUACUUUAUUUGCGAUCUCUAUUAGCUGUGAUAUGGACACCCCUACAAAUCCCUCUAACGUUUGCAAUUUUCUUUUAAUAUCACCUUGGGCCUGGCUGACAAAUGCUGAGUUGAUCAUUCGAGAAUUCUCAGGGGUCUCUGUAUUAAGAGGAGUAUACAAUCUAUAUGACUCCAUUAAUCUUUCAUAAAAGGCACUAGGUGACUCAUCAACCUUUUGCAACACCUCAGCCGUUUUUGACAUAUUGAUUGCCUUCUUCCCUCCUGUCUUCAUGCCAGCAAUAAUGGCUUCCCGAUAAGCCCCUAAUUGGGGCAUGUCAGCAUCAUUCACAUUCCAAUUUGGGUCAACAUUUGGAUAAUGGGCUGCAGCCCAUGCAGCUGGAUUGGCCUGAUUUUGAGUCCGGGCCGUUUCCUCAAGCUCUUUAAUAGCCGCUUAAUUAAUCCGGGUCCUUUCCUUACAAUUAAAUAAUGUUAAUAAUAAUUGCUGCCAAUCGGCCCAGGUGGGAUUGUGUGUUUGUAUAAUGGAGGUAACCAAAUCUGUCAUGACUUGAGGUUUGUCGGUAUAUGAGGAGUUAUGAGUCUUCCAAUUGAAUAGAUCAGUUGUGGUGAAGGGGACAUAAACACAGGAUCUGCCCGUUGUAUUUAGCCAUUUUCGUCAACGUGUGUUGGGCCCGGUGUAAGUCGGAGGGGCAUUUGGUAAUGUCGGGGUUGAAGGGUACCAGUCAUCUGUCGCGUUAAUAUAGGACUUCGGCAAGGCUGUUUAAUAGUAAGUUCCGGUCUAGAGGUAGUAAGUAAGGAGAAUGAGGCCGGUUAAUUUUACUGGGCGGAAGUUCAGUCAACAGGAUGUUGCGGGCCAGGCUGGGAGGAGCCUGACCAGGAACCAGAAGUGAAGUCAAUUCUGGAUAUAUAGAACUAGUGGAGGUAGGUACCGGAAGGGGAGGACUUAGGGCAAGUGGGCUGGGCUCUCAACUAGAUGAAUGAGUGGGCAGGGACAAUGGGGCAGGGGGAGUGGCAACACCAGCAGCACCUCCUCUAACCUUGGAGGAAGAGUAAGGGGGUGGGGAGGGAAGUUCAGACUCAGAGGGAGAGUCUAAAAUGGGCGGGGUUGCGGCCCUGAUAGACAGGCGAGUCCUGGUCACCAUGAGGCGACAUUGCUCCUCGUGGCAUACCUUAAUCCAUUUAGGCAAUUCUUCCACAAUCUGUUUCCAACAAUCAAUAUACGGAAACUGAUCAUAGAAUUCAGGCCUACUAGAUACAGCCGCAUACACACGUUGUACUAGAGUUAGAUCAGGACUACCACGUGGAGGCCGUGCGGUCACCAAGAUAGGCCACUCUCUACUACAUAAUGUAGUCAAACGCUUUGGGGGUAAUUUCACCCCAAAAUCACAAACUUUAUAUCCCUUGGCAAAGUUGCUCAACAUACAACUAGGGAUCAACAAUCUUUGAGUCAGACGCACCCAUACUGGCAACGGAGCAUCUAAUACAAAGAAACACAACACCCCAAACACACUUCCAACGAUCACACUUGUUUCCCUGGCAACAGAACCACGUGGCACAGUUGAUAGACCAAACACACACACACACGGAAACAUGCAGAGAAUUCUCGUACAUACAGUGAUAUCACGACGUCUCACUCACAAAGAUUUACCAAACACUAGAUACUUAUCUCUGUAACUAUAAAUCAAACCCUACAAUUAUCCACACUCUAAAUCAACUUUUAAUUAACCGACUUUAUCACACUUUAGUAACAUCAUCUUUACAACUAGAAAAGCUACAAUUUCUGGGGAAAUUGUUUGAAGUGUUCUUGCCUCCACCAGUAGUCUACAACUGGAGUGGGCGGAGUAACUGUUAUCAUUUAUAUAGCACAUUUAAUUGCAACGUUGUUGCACAGUUACAUUAAACCAUACAUUUAUAAAAACAUUAGCAGGUGUUCAAAAGGCCCUGUCUAUGACAUCACUUGCUGCUGCAGCCUGGCCCAGGUCAGAGUAUUUUGGCGGUUGCCAUCUUCAAACGGUCGUAUUUUAAAAAUUAUAAAUCCUACAGCGAAGAGCUUUAUAUUGUGAGAAUCACAAGACCCAGACCUUCCUUUUUAAUGCAUAGUAUGUCUCUGAAGUAUUAAAAAUGAAGGCACAGUCGCAGUUUAGAAAUUGCACUUCAAAUUUGAGCUUUGUAGAGUGAAGUUUCAAUGAAUGUCAAUGGACGGCGUUAGUUGCAAACAAAUGAUUAUAUUGUGAAAACUAUCAGGACUGUGGCUUAGCCGUUGACAUGUUUAGUGGCAGCAGGGAUAGCUGAACGUUUUGAUAUAAGAUUUGUGUAGGUGGGCUUGAAAAUGAGGGAGUGGUGGCAGUUUAGAAAUCAUGUCCUGAUUUUCAGCUUUUGCCAGCUCCCACUCUAGCUUUGCCAUUCAUUCCUAUGGGACAAAUUUCGCCACAAGAACGACAAUAUUCCGUGAACCAUUCGGCGAAACGUUCCACAAAGUAAUAGCAAUCCGAUCGGGAACAAUCUGCACGUUUUGGUAAAUUUUUGUCUAUGUAGUGUAAAAACUGUGGGAGGAGUUAGGGUGGCAAAUUUUGCUAUAAUAAUAAUAAUAAUAAUAACUAGAAAAUUUACAAUUUCUGGGGAAAUUGUGUGAAGUGUUCUUGCCUCCACCUGUAGUCUACAACUGGAGUGGGUGGAGUAACUGUUAUCAUUUACAUAGCACAUUUAAUUGCAACGUUGUUGCACAGUUACAUUAAACCAUACAUUUAUAAAACAUUAGCAGGUGUUCAAAAGGCCCUGUCUAUGACAUCACUUGCUGCUGCAGCUUGACACAGGUCAGAGUAUUUUGGCGGUUGCCAUCUUCAAACGGUCGUAUCUUAAAAACUAUAACUCCUACAGUGAAGAGCUUUAUAUUGUGAGAAUCAUAAGACCCAGACCUACAUUUUGAUGCAUAGUAUGUCUCUGAAGUAUUAAAAAUGAAGGCACAGUCGCAGUUUAGAAAUUGCACUUGAAAUUUGAGCUUUGUAGAGUGAAGUUUCAAUGAAUGUCAAUGGACGGCGUUAGUUGCAAACAAAUGAUUAUAUUGUGAAAACUAUCAGGACUAUGGCUUAGCCGUUGACAUGUUUAGUGGCACCAGGGAUAGCUGAACGUUUUGAUAUAAGAUUUGUGUAGGUGGGCCUGAAAAUAAGGGAGUGGUGGCAGUUUAGAAAUCAUGUCCUGAUUUUUCAGCUUUUGCCAGCUCCCACUCUAGGUUUGCCAUUCAUUCCUAUGGGACAAAUUUAGCCACAAGAACGACGAUAUUCCGUGAACCAUUCGGCGAAACGUUCCACAAAGUAAUAGCAAUCCGAUCGGGAACAAUCUGCGUUUUGGUAAAUUUUUUGUCUAUGUAGUGUAAAAACUGUGGGAGGUUAGGGUGUAGAAUUUUGCUAUAAUAAGAAUAAUAACUAGAAAACUACAAUUUCAGGAAAUUGUGUGAAGUGUUCUUACUUGCCUCCACCUGUAGUCUACAACUGGAGUGAAGGGUAACUGUUAUCAUUAUGCUUUUACAGCGUUGUUGCACAGUUACAUUAAACCAGCCAUUUAUAAAAACAUUAGCAGGUGUUCAAAAGGCUUGUCUAUGACUGUCACUGCUGCAGCUUGACACAGGUCGAGUAUUUUGGUGGGUGCCAUCUUCCAAACGGUCGUAUCUUAAAAACUAUAACUCCUACAGUGAAGAGCUAUAUAUUGUGAGAAUCACAAGACCCAGACCUACAUUUUGAUGCAUAGUAUGUCUCUGAAGUAUUAAAAUUGAAGGCACAGUCGCAGUUUAGAAAUUGCACUUCAAAUUUGAGCUUUGCACAGUGAAGUUUCAAUGAAAGUCAAUGGACGGCGUUAGUUGUUGCAAACAAAUGGUCAUAUUGUGAAAACUAUCAGGACUAUGGCUUAGCCGUUGACAUGUUUAGUGGCAGCAGGGAUAGCUGAACGUUUUGAUAUAAGAUUUGUGUAGGUGGGCCUGAAAAUAAGGGAGUGGUGGCAGUUUAGAAAUCAUGUCCUGAUUUUUCAGCUUUUGCCAGCUCCCACUCUAGCUUUGCCAUUCAUUCCUAUGGGACAAAUUGCGCCACAAAAGCGACGAUAUUCCGUGAACCAUUCGGCGAAACGUUCCACAAAGUAAUAGCAAUCCGAUCGGGAACAAUCUGCACGUUUUGGUAAAUUUUGGUCUAUGUAGUGUAAAAACUGUGUGGGGAGGAGGAGUUAGGGUGGCAAAUUUUAUAUAAUAAUAAUAAUAAUAAUAAUAUAUAUGUGAGAUAACAUUAAGUGGUCUUGCUAUGCAAGAACAUAAUAAUAAUAAUAUAUGUGAGAUAACAUUAAGUGGUCUUGCUAUGUAAUAAUAAUAAUAUAUAUAUGUGAGAUAACAUUAAGUGGUCUUGCUAUACAAGGUACUUAAUAUAUAUGUGAGAUAACAAUAAGUGCUAUGCAGAACACUUAAUAACUAGAAAAGCUACAAUUUCUGAAAUUGUGGCCGAAGUCUUGCCUCCGCAGUAGUCUACAGGUAGAGAUAGCUGUUAUCAUUUAUAUAGCACAUUUAAUUGCAACGUUGUUGCCCAAAGUGCUUCACAGUUACAUUAAACCAUACAUUUAUAAAAACAUUAGCAGGUGUUCAAAAGGCCCUGUCUAUGACAUCACUUGCUGCUGCAGACUAGCACAGGUCAGAGUAUUUUGGCGGUUGCCAUCUUCAAACGGUCGUAUUUUAAAAAUUAUAAAUCCUACAGCGAAGAGCUUUAUAUUGUGAGAAUCACAAGACCCAGACCUACAUUUUGAUGCAUAGUAUGUCUCUGAAGUAUUAAAAAUGAAGGCACAGUCGCAGUUUAGAAAUUGCACUUGAAAUUUGAGCUUUGUAGAGUGAAGUUUCAAUGAAUGUCAAUGGACGGCGUUAGUUGCAAGCAAAUGAUUAUAUUGUGAAAACUAUCAGGACUAUGGCUUAGCCGUUGACAUGUUUAGUGGCACCAGGGAUAGCUGAAUGUUUAGUUUAAAAACUGUGGGAGGAGUUAGGGUGGCAAAUUUGGCUAUAAUAAGAAUAAUAAUAUAUAUGUGAGAUAACAAUAAGUGGUCUUGCUAUGCAAGAACACUUAAUAAUAUAUAUGUGAGAUAACAUUAAGUGGUCUUGCUAUGGUCAGUGGUUAUGGUACAGUUAGCAAGUGGUUAUAGUACAGUGUUAAAGUCACAGAUCAGUUAGUAACAGUUAUGGUGUUACACAUAUAACAUAAGACAACAGUUUUUAGUAAUUUUACACGUCAGUAAUUAUAGUACAUGUUAAUGGUUUUAUUACCGUGCGCUAUUAUACAGUAUACACACAAUUUACACUCCCACUAGACGGCAGAGCUCAAGCUUUCUAGGAGGACAUACAAUUCACCAAUUCACCAACCAACAACAAUUUAACAACAUUUACAAUAAUCCCAACUAUUCUAAUUGGCCAGCACCUCGAGAACUAUCGAACUAUUUACACCAGGAUUCGGUUAGUCUAUGCUGCCCAAGCACCACAUAUAGAGAACUAGUGGGCGGAAUUUACAACAGUACCCAUUUAGUCUAUCUACUCUAUCAAUAGUCUAGUGGCUGAAUUUACAACAGAGCACACUUAGCCAAGAUAGGUUGAGAGCUAGCAGACGGAAUGUACACCAGAAUCUGCUUAGUCUCGCUGGCCUCCCAAACCUAGCGAUCGAAAUUUACACUUAGACACGCUAGUCAAGACAGGACACUGGUGUCCGGCAUGAACUAUUUACACCAAGAUUCAGCCUGACCCAAACCACCUAUAUUAGACGGGCUGACUACAGAGCGUCUAAUUUCCGGAUAAGCGUUGCGCCUUCGCUUCUUCCCUCCAGAGGUAGGGGGCAGUCCAAUAACUGGUUCCAAAUAUAAAACCCCUUGUUGGCCUACCGCUCUAACAGGAUCAGUCUUACCUCUUCGAUCCUGAACCUGGGCUCACACUCAUCAAUGGGGCACCCCGGUACUUACUACGUAAAGGCCGAUGAUCUCCUGCCCAAUGGCGCCGAGAUGAACGGAUGUCCAUGCAGAAGUUCAGGGAUGCUGCCGUGGAGAACGUUGGUAAAAGUCUACCAUCUCACGUCUCUGUCUCAACUUCCAUGACAAUGAGUUUCCCGGCCAAUGCACCAAAGAUGUAACCGAGAAAACUUGCAAAAGCCAGACACAGAGAGAUGGAUGCAGAUCUUCAGGAAGUAAAAGGUCUUUAUUAACAUACCAAUCGGGUCUCAGAUGAACUAACGUUUCAAAACAGAUUUGAGGGCCGAACACAUGGAGUACAUGCUUUUUAUAGAACUAUAUCUCCUCCCAUUAAUAGCUCCACCCGCACAUACCCUUAACCAAUCGGUGGACAGGAUCUGAAUUUCCUUAUAUGGGCAGACCACAUGGCUCAUCCGAAACAAAGGAGAAAGGAAUGCUCAGUACAUUGAUGACAGUAUCUUAGCUACGUGUAACUAACUAACUGAUACAACAUACACGUGUACUUACAUAUGCCACGUGGAAAUCUCGGCCUACUAAAUUUACAUUUCACCAAAAUUCCAUCACAAAACUACACCACUACCCACAACGGAUUCCACCAAACAUAACAUGCCCUCUCUAGGGAACUCUGGCAGUAAGAAUCACAUCCUGCAGCAAUGUAACACUAACACACUGGGCUUCAUCACCUAAAAUGUGUAAAGCUGUUAUGUUAAACCUAUGCACCUGUUUCUCUUUUUGUCCACAUGGUUCGGAAUGUUGAAAUUAUGCCACAUACAUUUCUGCAACCUGUAAGGAAUUUACACUUCGCAUACAACCUCAUCUCUAACAUAUAGCAUAUUAGACCAGUCUUUCACUGCAUAAUCUGUUAGAACGGUGACUCUACUGUCUUCCACGACAGUAAAAUAAAAUGUGUUAGGUAUGCGCAUGCCAAGACGAUGGCCAAUUAGGUAAAAUCGCAUGUACUAACAUCUGCAAAUGUGGCAUUGUCUGCUUGCAAGUUAUCUUGAUUUACACUGCAAAAAUAAAGCUUGUCAAAAAAAAAAAGAAAAGUCAAUUGCAAAAUUCAGGCAAAAACGUCUGAUUUGGAAAACAAUACACUGAGCUGCGGUCACAGCUCAGCUAUGUUUGCCUAAAUUUUGCUAUUCUCAUUUCAGAUCACUACAAUUCGAUGUUUAGUAAAUAUACUUAUGUGUAUAUUUGGACAUUCACGUUUAACACAGAAACCACCGAUGACUUUGAUUGCUUUAUUCUAUAGAUUGACCUGAUCUGAACACUGCUCGACAGACAUAUGUUCUUAAUAAGAGAAGAAUAAUUAUUGCCUUUGACAUUUUCUUCUCUCCUUCUCAUUUUCUGUGCUUUUCUACUACUUAAUCCUGGAUUUAUUUAGAAAGCAGUCUGAUAGUCCAGGCAGCUUUUUAGGUCAUCGUGUGAAGUGCAGUUUAAAAGACUUCUUAUUUAUGAACAAAAUCAGCGACACAUUUAAACCAUUUAGAUUCUACGCAGUCUAGUCAAUCACAGGAAAAUAUCCAAGAAAAGUGCAGUAUAUAAUGAAGAGAUUUAAAAUACUUUUUUUUUUUUUUUUUUAUUCUUUAUUUUAUUUGUGCAUGGAUUAACAUUGAGCAUGCAGAGCCACGACAGCUGCUGCAAGCAGUUGCAUAGCAUCACAUAGCGUGGCAGAUUAAACAGCACAGUUUUUAUCUUUUUUCAACAUGAAAUUAACAAGCUAUAAAACAUUUGUGGUUUGUGAUAGACAUGCUGGUCUAAGUGUGUACGUAGUAAAGUUGUUCUCGCUUGGUGGUACAUUAAGGUAUGUUGCUUUGCGUGUAAGGGAAGAUGUUUAUAGCUAGGGCAGCAUUGCAAGUAGACAGAUUCUCGCUUGGUUGACUACAUAUGUUUUCGUAUGACGUGCUGCAGUAAGGUUGUGAUGUGUUGCCUGUAGUGUAGCAAGACCUAUGCGAGUGUGUGCUAAUGGGUGCCGUAGGGUUAUUAUGCAAAACAAAGUUUACAUGCUUAGACAAUAUAUUGCUGGUUCAAGCUUAACAUUAGAACUUCGCGUACGCUGGUACAGUGUUAAGGCGGUUUGCUAACUAUGCGAUAAAACAUUUAGGCUACCAUAACAUGAGUUUGUAUAUAUUAAGUUAACAGAAUGAGAAUCUCCUGUUUUACACAAAUGCAGUGUAUAAGCUAGUGUAUCUGCAAGAGCAAUGCAAAGGACUAUUAACAAUUCUGUUCUCUCGCUAUACUGGUCUCAGCAGCAGGUUUCAGAAAAAGUAAAAAUAUAGACAACAGUAAUUUGCGUCACAUUAGUCCUGUAGUUGGUGUAGGCUGCUGGUAAGAGAGAAGGGUAAAUUUCCAAGGCGUCCUGUCACUUCAGAACCACAGGGGCAACAGUGUGUUGGCAUGCACUAAUAAUUAGUCCGGUUCUGAUGUUAAAGGUGAGUGCCGAGAUGUGAACAAUAAAUUUUAGCUUGUUAUCUGAGGGUAAGUCAGGUAUAGAGAGGUUACAUGCCUAACACUAAGCCCAAUAUAGAUGCCUUGCCUCCGUCUGCUGAGAAUAUCAGUUUCUGCUUUAUGGGCAGGGUUGUCGGCCAUAGACCGUGAGGUGCUUGAGGUUCUGUUGUUUCAACCGAUGCCCAUUUUGGCAGUCUUGCUUGUGCAGUUGGGUGAGGGUCUCUUCUGGGUUUCCACUCCUGUAUGUCGUGAGUGGGGUUUCUGCCUGUUGCGUCUCUUGGGAUCUAGCUUCGUUUUUUUUCGGUCUUCGGCACCCCAGGCUUUGUGGGCCGCUGUGUGCAGGCUUAUGCUUUGCUGCUCGUUGUUUUCUGUGGUCGCUGAGUGAGAAGCAUGUCGGAUCUUCUUCUGCGGAGCGGGGUCGUGAGAAUUGGCGUCCAGAAGGCCCUGCGCCGUUUCCCGCCUGUUUGAGCCUGGGCUCCAGUUUCGUUUGGAGGCUGCUCUGGAGUUGUGAGGGGGAGUCCAUUGUAAGGUACGCCGGGUGGUCGGGCGAAUCCACGCCGCCACCGCUCUCAUCGCCCUCUGGUAGGGUUGUCUCCUGGCUUCAAGCUUCGCCCAGAGGUGGAAUCGUAGCAAGUCCACAAAGUCCUUUGUGUGCUUGGGUGGUGCGAUGCUCAUGUGCUUGGCUUGGGGCCGCGUCGCCAUCUUGGCCGGGCCCUGUGGAUUUCGUUUGCUUAGCAAGUUCGCUGCUUGUUCACGUGCGCUUGUGGGGGUAAUCGUCCCCAGCGAGGACCGGGAUGUCCCCCUCCGGUCCAAAGGGGGGGGUAGCAGGGCUGCUUUGGGCUGUUGUGUAGGAGCUUGUACCGUGCAGGGCGGUCGACUGUCCUCUGUGGGCCUUACGCUCUGCGCUAGGUUAGGCCGCAUGGCCUGUUGCAGCUUUUCCGCGGCGUAUCGGUGCCGGGUUUGUAUCAUUGUGCGCUGGGUGCUGUCAUGCGUCCGCUCCCGAUCACCUUUUGCUGCUUAUGCUGUCCUGUCAGUUGGUAUAUUUGCUUUUGGGCCUGUGAUUGCAGGAGCUCCUAAAAAGUGCGUCUGGCCAUCUUCGCUGUCAGGCCCCGCCCCCAGAUUUAAAAUACUUUAAUACAUUAAGCAAUGGCUGUACAGACUAGCAAAUACAUAAAUUAGAUCUUGAGUAGAUUGCGUCACCAUGCUGUCAGAUCGUAUAACACCACAAUACAAUGGACCCCAGAGGACGGAAGAAGUGCAUUAUGGAGCAUGCAUUAACAGUGUUAUAAAUACCCAAAUCCCAUGAUUAAUGUUUCACUUUUUUUGCAGUAGUUUGCUCUCCAGUUAUUCUUGUAAAACAAUUUUAAACCUCUUUGGACAUAAGACUUGAAUUAUUAUUUUUCUUUUAUAGAUAAGCUUUUAAAAUGAUCACAAUCUGUUAGAAAGUUUCCAAAUACUUUAUCUACGGAUGUCACCAUAAAUGUCUGUAGGAAUUUGUGUAGAUAAAUAAUUUGAAAAGUUUUUUCGAACAGAUUGUGAUAAUUUGCAAAGUUUAUCCAGAAUAAUUAAAUUGAGGCCAUCAUUUUAAGUUACCACAUGUCGUCUUCUCUCUUUAGAUGGAAUCAAGUUCUACUGGUCUUCUAACCAUGUUCUCCUAACACCAGGAAAUGCAGAGGGCUUGCUUCUCCCAAAAUACUUUCUAAAAGUCCUGCAGCUCAGACCUCAAAGUAAGUUCGGCAGAAAACAAAUGAAAUCGUCUUGUGAUGACUAGCAGUUCAUAUCAAUUAUCUGACUAACAGUUCAUAUUAUCUGUGUACUCACAGAGACCUAUGAUUGUGUUACAAUUGUGAAUUCAUGUUUGAGUAGCAACAUUGACCUGGGUUUUAUUUUUGUGGGGGUUGUACUGUUGUACAUGUUUAGAUAUUUGUCUGAAGUCAACAGAAUAUCCACAAUGGGAUAAACAUACAAACUGAGCUACAGAAACUAGUAGUGCAUCAAAUAUAAUUAAAAAGACUGUUGCUUGAAAAGAUGAAGGAAUGGAAUGGGGUGCAAAGGGGGUCAGACUUGCCAUAUGCCCCAGACAUUAAGCUAAAUGCACCAGGCUUUUUCCAGUAAUAACCAUAACGUAUCAUCUUCACGAUUUAAAAAGUCUGGUCCUUUUUUUGAACCAAAAACAUUUCACAAUUGCAGUUUUUCAGCUCAUAACAAGGCCAAAAAGGCUUGAUCAGCCACAACAUUAAAACCACCUGCCUAAUAUCGUGUAGGUCCCCCUCAUGUUGCAAAACAGCUUUCAUGCAUUGAGACAUGGACUCCACAAAACCUCCACGUUACAUUUGGAAUUAUCUUGCUAGUGUUCCAGAGAGUAAAGAUCAAAUUUAAAAUGGUCGUUCUGCAGCCUUCAAUAGUGAAUUUGAAAAUGGAAUGACCGCUCCUUUAAGAAAUGAGAUUGCUUAGUCAUUGGUUUGUAUCUGUAGGUAUAGCCCUGAUAAAAUGUUAUCAGAUGAAUGAUUGAUUCAGUGAUUGCGAGAUUAGCAAGGAUAUCUUUGCUAUAAUCACUUUUUAAGCUAUUUAGGAAUGUACUUUGAAAGCACUAAAGUAUCCAUCAAUCCGUAAUUCCUGGAACUAUAAUUCCUAUUGUGCUCAGCCAUUAUCUAGUGGUUUUCUUCACUGGAUUCAUAGCAAAACAAAAAUGUAAUUAGUCCAAACAUCAGUGACUCCAUAUGCUAAUAAGAGAUUAACACAAUGUGUGGAUGGUAUACAUUAUGUAAUGACUCUGUGUGUGGAUGGCUUGUGCUCGUGUGAGGUGCUGAUCACUUCAGGGCUCCUUCGCGUAUGCCUGCUUACUGUGAGUCGCUUGCGAUGGCGCCAUUUUCGCGCUCUCUUUGCUUUGCAGGAGGUGCCGUGAUGUCGGGAGCGUGUGGACAGCAGUGGCGGUGCGUGUUCUUUUGGGGCUUGUGUGAUGGCUUGCUGUUCUUUAAGUCUCCUCCAGAAGGCUUAAAAUAUAGCAUUUAGCUGUGCUAGGGCGUCAUGCCCCUUUGCUGCGUCCGGUGUUGCAGUGACUAUUGCCGCUAUUUUCGGGUUUGCUAGUUCCAUCUGAAGUUGCUGUCCCGCAACCCGGGUGGGCUCUCUCAGGACUGGGAUAUACCCCGCCAGUCAUGGGGGGGAACGGAGGCUCAAAGACCCGUUUUCAGCCGUACUGGGCCUUAUUGGAGCGGCUGUCUCCCCUGCGCCGCCCAUGCUUGUAGGCUGCAGGUGUCUCGUCCUUGAGUUUUGCUGGUUGGGCUGCUUGUUUAGUGUCUUCAUGUGCCCCUCUCCAUUAGUGACACGUUGGGGUUGGUUCAGCACCGUUCGUGGCAGUUAUACCGCAGUUUUUGUCUGUUUAGAGCAGGAGCAGCUCUUCCCUGAGCUUAACUCAGCUCCCGCCCCCAGAAGUAUUUUUUUAAAUAACAAAGCUUCAUUUUAAAUGCAUCUCUUUGAGGAGAUGCAGAUUAGUGCAUGCACAAUAGUCUCGCAAUGUUUUCCUAUGGGAAAGCCUUGCUUGGCUGAGAUCAAACUUACAGAUCCACACACACAAACUCGCAGACACACACAAACUCACAGACAGACACACACUCGCAGACAGACACACAAACUUGCAGACAUUCACACACACAAGCUUGCAGACAGACGCACACACAAACUCACAGAUUGAAACACACAAACUCACAGAUUGACACACACAAACUCACAGACAGACACACAUACACAAACUCGCAGACAGACACACACACACAAACUCGUAGACAGACACACAAACUCACACAGACACACACUCAAACUCAGACAAUCACACACACAUACUCAGACACACACAUACUCUCAGACACACACAAACUCGCAGACACCCCCAUAGCAUUUCUGUUACGGUUACCCCCAGGCUCGCUGGAAGCUGGACCGCUUGGAUAGCCUGGAUCCCCAAUGUAGAGAGAGAGAAGACCCACUUCGGUAGUAAGCCUCCACGAAUCCUGUAAAUGUAGAGCAAUCCCACUAGCUCUAGUACAGCUAGGAUACCCUUUUCCCACAAAACUAGUCGAGGCUGCGAUUUGAAAGUCAAGCAAGAACUGGUUUUAAUGGCACCUGGGCAUCGCUAUUUAUGCAAAAACCUCAGGUCCAGGGACCCUCUGGACCUGAUGGGAUACAGGGACAGUACAAACAGUUGACCAAUAACAGUACACUGUAUCAUUUGAAAUGGCCACCGUCCAACUUGGAGAUACUGAUUUCAACGCUUAGGGCAAUUCAAUUAUCUCCAAGUGCCCAGAAUCCCACGUGUGACAUACAAAACAGCAUAAAAAUACAUAUUUAUAACAUUGUAUAAGGCAUCUCCUAUAUUCUACCAUUCAUUAGAUAGCUCAGGUCUGAGCGCAUCAGAUAGGCGAAUAGCGCUCAGACCUCACGAACGGUAGAGCCAGUCCUUGGCAUACAAAGUCUUUUCGUGUUUCUUUGUGCCCAACAUGAGAUGUUGGCCAUGUUUUCUGUCGGGGAAUAGACGAGCGGGACCUGGCUCCAAAACCCCUGGAUUGAGAGACGGGUAGUCUGUGAUGCGAAUACCGCUCCAGGGAUGGUUGUCUCAGCCCUUCGUGGAUCGAACGCAGACCACCCUGAAUAAGCAAUUAGCCUGCGGUUAACCGCAGCCCCAACGUUCUAAUUGGGGACACACGCCGGAGUAUAGGGAGGUCCUCGUUCGGGAGUUUGAGUACGGUGAAGUAGUAUACGAACUAGGCCACCCUGGGGAAAUCAAUUACGUUUGUGGUUAACCGCAAACCGCAAGUUCCUGGUGGUCGGCCGUUCGGUUGUUUGAAAGGUGAGAAAGGUUAAGUGGCGGCACACACCAAGGCCUGGGUGGUUUUACUUCGUAUGCACGAAUAUAGGAUCCUGAUAUACAACAAGGGUACCGAAGAGAACGGCAUUCGGUAACUUAAAAUAAAGAGAACCAGUACUGGUCAGUAGAGCGUCUGUAACAGUGCUCCCUCCUAGUGAAACACUCUGGCAGACACCGUCUGGCCCCUCAUCGGGGCAGACUAAGGCUGUCCAGACUGGUGGGUUAUGCAGGAAUGAGGUCGGUUUGUCGAGAUAAUCCAUCUGCAUUGCCGUUCUGUUUUCCGGGUCUGUAUGUGAUGGUAAAAUUAAAGGGUUGUAGCGAUAAGCUCCAACGUAAGAGCCUGCCGUUAUCCCCAGAAACCCGGUUUAACCACACCAGCUGGUUAUGGUCGGUCACCAGCGCGAACUCUUGUCCAUAUAAGUACGGAGUCAGUUUCUUUAGUGCCCACACCAGGGCCAAGCACUCCUUUUCCACUGCUGCAUAGCUGACUUCGCGUGGCAGGAGCUUUCAGCUGAUGUAGGAAAUUGGGUGCUCCCCUCCGUCUUCUCCUAUUUCACAGUGGGGAGACCACAGGACCUGUCUGGGUAGGUUUUUCUUGGUCAGGUCCGUCAGGGGCUUAGCUAUGGCACUAUAGUCUGGCACAAAACGUCUAUAGUAUCCUGCAGUGCCCAGGAAGGCUAGGACCUGGGUCUUAGUGGUGGGGGUGGGCCAGUUGGCGACAGCUUCUAUUUUAGCUGGCUCGGGUCGCUGUUUCCCACACCCUACUCGGUGACCCAGGUACUGCACCUCAGCCAUUCCAAAAUGGCAUUUUUCGGGCUUUAGAGUCAGGCCGGCGGCCCAAAUCUGAUCCAGAACCAUUCCUACAUGAGCUAAGUGUUCUUCCCAGGACUCACUGUGGAUCGCUUUGUCGUCCAGGUAUGCGCAGGCAAAAUCCUGGAAGCCAUCCAGGAGUCGAUCCACCAAGCGCUGGAAUGUAGCGGGGGCAUUCUUCAUCCCGAACGGCAAUACCUUAAAGUGGUAUAAACUGAACGGGGUGAAGAAUGCCGACUUAGGGAUAGCCUCCUGGGCCAGGGGAAUUUGCCAAUACCCCUUACAGAGGUCAAUGGUGGUUAGAUACUUUCCCCUGGCUAUACGGUCAAGUAGCUCGUCGACUCUGGGCAUCGGAUAGGCGUCUGUUACCGUUUUAUCGUUGAGCUUCCUAUAAUCCACACAAAAUCGGGUGGUUCCGUCUUUCUUAGGGACUAGAAGCACCGGGGACGCCGAGGGACUGUUGGAAGGCUCAAUCACCCCUAGUCUAACCAUCUCCUCGAUUUCUGUUUUCAUUCCAGCCCACACGGCUUCAGGAAUGUGAUACGGCGUCUGUUGGAAGGGUUGCUGACCUGAGGUGUCUACUUGAUGUGUGGUUAGGUGAGUGUACCCGGGUUCUUGGGAGAACGUAGUUUGUUUAACGUGGAGUAAUUGGCGGAGUUGUUCCCUCUCUUCGUCAUUAAGUCGGUCUCCAAUCUGGAUCUGGGCCACUAGGUUUGUGUGGGGGUUCCUUUCCAGCAAGUCUGGAAUAGGGAGGUUGUCUGGGUCCUCGUGAGGGGGAAUGCAGAUAGCUGUCACAUUCUCGGGUUUCUCUAGAUACUCCUUGAGCAUAUUUAUGUGAAAGGUUUUCCUCAACGUUUCGUCAUGGCAACUAGUGAUGGUAUAGGUAGUGUCCCCCUUCUUUGCUAUAAUCUGGUAUGGACCUUGCCAGGCGGCUUGUAGUUUGUCUGUCUUGACUGGUUUAAGUACAAGCACCUUCUGUCCUAUAGUAAAGCUCCUUGCCCGGGCGCCUCUGUCAUACCAUACUUUCUGUCUCCUCUGAGCCGACUGGAGAUUAGCCUGGACCGACCUGGCUAAUUGCUCCAUUCGGUCUCUUAGCUCCAGCACGUAUGGCACGAUGGGGACUCCGGCAUUUUCAAUCUCUCCCUCUCAGUGCUCUCGGAUCAGGUUUAGGGGUCCCCUUACCUGACGCCCGUAGAGCAGCUCGAAAGGAGAGAAUCCGGUCGUUUCCUGGGGCACCUCCCGAUAUGCGAACAGGAGGUGUGGGAGGAAGCGUUCCUAAUCCCUAUAUUCCUCUCUCCACUCGACGAGCCCCACACCACGAUACAAACGCUCCCUGACCAUUCGAAUUCUUAAUGUCGCAAAACACCUAAUACCUUUGUACUGGAAAAAAGACACAACCCCAACGCUUUCCCUGUGGUUUACUAGAAUGGAGGAGUUACGAGUUACAGAGGAGAUCUGUUAUACAGCCCAAGACCAAGCGCAGACACACAUAGACACUUGGACACCCUGGCUGGCGCGGGUGGGCACGGAGGCAUUUCGGACCGUGUAUCUGACCAUGGGGGGAGCAACUGACAAUCCCCAGUAGGAGACACCAGGAGAAUAACGGACCCACACCCGCUUCCAAAGCACAGUACCCCACUCCCAAACCCCACCCCACCCCACCUCUUUACCCCCUGUUAGGUCCUGGCAGAGCGUGGGCCCGGGGUGCGGCACGGAGGCUGACCCCACAGUAGCGUACUGGGGUGCACAAGAGGCAGAGCGCAUGCCCAGCCAGAUCGAUGUAGUCACGCUAUGACACCCGCCAGGGUGCGGCCGCUUGCAAUAUCCAAAACUGCCCAUGGCCACACAGGUAAAGAGGGCAGAAGCUCAUCAGUUUCAUGAGCUACAAAGUUUAUUAGUUUAGACGGAAUCUCAGGAUGCCCCUUAGGUUUUCCCCACCAACACCAUAUGUAGCACUGGGCAGAGCCUAAUCGUACCAGAGUAGGGGGACAACACCUCACUAUACCGCCAUUCAGGAUAUUAGACACGAUAUCACAAGGGGUCUGCGUGUCCUGAAGGGACCCUAAACAUUAAGAGGCCUACAAGUCUCACUACUGCCUAGUGGCUACAGGGUGGGCACUGGGGAACAGAAGAAAACCUGCGGGAGAUACAAACCUACCCAAUGUAGAAAUGGUACCCAUCAGACAUAAAAUAGUACUAUUUACAACUAUGUACUACCGGACUUGCGAGUCCACUACACACAUGCCAUUUAUUCGAUAAUGCGACCUGCGAGUCGCCAAUGCACGUCUGACAGACUGUACCUUACGAUGUAUAAGCGACUACAAGUAAACAAAGGGACCUGCGAGUCCACGUUAAUACGUUUUUUUAUGUUGGAAAAAAAAAAGUUCAAUAAAAACAUAUUCACAAAAAAACCUUGAUGACACACACACAGACUUACAGACAGACACACACUUACAGACACACAUACAAACUCAAAGACAGACACACACAUAAACUCACAGAUGGACACACAUGCACACACAGAUACACACACACUCAGAAGUUGAAUUUUUAAAAUUAUUUAGAUUAAACCCCACUCAGCCUCCCUACCUUUUUUGCAACAUACAAAAUGUGUGUAUAUAUAGAUAUUUUCCUGAGAUUUUUAUGAUGAUUUUACUCAUAUAGUCCACAUUGCAGAUGCAGUCACCCCUUUUAAGCUUCUUCAACACUUCUAGGAGGAUAAUUCAAAUACCCAUCUGGGGGGAGAGAAACUUAAAGGAUCACUGUAGUGCCAGGAAAACAUACCCGUUUUCCUGUGACUAUAGUGCCCUGAGGGUGCCCCCACCCUCAGGGUCCCCUUCCCGCUGGGCUCUGAAGAGAUGAAGGGGUUAAACUUACCUCUUUCUCCAGGGCUCUCCUCCUCCUCUCCUCCCUCUUCGCCUCCUCUUCGGCUGAAUGCGCUGCCGCGCAUGCAUUCAGCCAGUCCAUAGGAAAGCAUUCACAAUGCUUUCCUAUGGAUGCUGGCGUCUUCUCACUGUGAUUUUCACAGUGAGAAACGCGGAAGCCCUCUAGCGGCUGCCAAUGAGACAGCCACUAGAGGCUGGAUUAACCCUAACAUAAACAUAACAGUUUCUCUGAAACUGCUAUGUUUAUAGAAAAAAGGGUUAACCCUAGAUGGACCAGAUGGUGUAAUAUUAUUAGGUGAGAAACUUCCACCAUACACACCCUAUGUGGAGGUCUUACCUUGUAAAAGUGCACUUUCACUGCACUUAUAUUUAAUCCCAGGUAAUGUGCUAUACUUUAAAUAGCCCCACAGUAUAUUACAAUGCUAGUUAGAGACGACUUCCCAGUCUUCUAUCUUAUUGCACUUUAUUUGGUCUCCAUAAAAUUAAGUUAAAAACUUUAAAAAUUGUAAAUAAAAGUAAUGCAAAUCUAUUUGACUGGCUCACAGUUCAUGGGGUAUAUCACUGUCACUGUCGAGUUCACCGUUCACCGUCCACCGAUCAUCUCGACCAAAUAAAGUACAAUAAGAUUAUGUAAUGACUCAUUGUGCGUGUGGUAUACAUUAUGUAAUGACUCCAUGUGCGCGUGGUAUAUAUUAUAUAAAAACUCUGUGUGCGGAUGGUAUACAUUAUGUAAUGGCUCCGUGUGUAGAUGGUAUACAUUAUGUAAUGACUCCGUGUGAGGAUGGUAUACAUUAUGUAAUGGCUCCGUGUGCGCAUGGUAUACAUUAUGUAAUGACUCCGUGGGCGGAUGGUAUACAUUAUGUAAUGACUCCGUGUGUGGAUGGUAUACAUUCUGUAAUGACUCUGUGUGCGCAUGGUAUACAUUAUGUAAUGGCUCCGUGUGUAGAUGGUAUACAUUAUGUAAUGACUCUGUGUGCGCAUGGUAUACAUUAUGUAAUGACUCUCUGUGCGCAUGGUAUACAUUAUGUAAUGACUCCGUGUGCAGAUGGUAUACAUUAUGUAAUGGCUCUGUGUGUAGAUGGUAUACAUUAUGUAAUGGCUCCGUGUGUAGAUGGUAUAGAUUAUGUAAUGACUCUGUGUGCGCAUUGUAUACAUUAUGUAAUGACUCUGUGUGCAGAUGGUAUACAUUAUGUAAUAACUCAGUGUGUGGAUGGUAUACAUUAUGUAAUGACUCCAUGUGUAGAUGGUAUACAUUAUGUAAUGACUCCAAUUGCGCAUGGUAUACAUUAUGUAAUGACUGUGUGCGCAUGGUAUACAUGAUGUAAUGACUGUGUGUGCGGAUGGUAUACAUUAUGUAAUGACUCCAUGUGUGUGGAUGGUAUACAUUAUUUAAUGACUCCAUGUGUGCGGAUGGUAUACAUUAUGUAAUGACUCCAUGUGUGCAUGGUACACAUUAUGUAAUGACUCAGUGUGUGGAUGGUAUACAUUAUGUAAUGACUUAAUGUGCGAAUGGUAUACAUUAUGUAAUGACUCCAUGUGUGCAUGGUAUACAUUAUGUAAUGACUCCAUGUGUGCGGAUGGUAUACAUUAUGUAAUGACUUAAUGUGCGGAUGGUACACAUUAUGUAAUGACUUAAUGUGCGGAUGGUAUACAUUAUGUAAUGACUUAAUGUGCGGAUGGUAUACAUUAUGUAAUGACUCCGUGUGCUGAUGGUAUACAUUAUGUAAUGACUCCAUAUGUGCAUGGUAUACAUUAUGUAAUGACUCCGAAACGUACUUGCUGCAAAGUGGUUGGGGGAGAUGACGCCUAGCCUGACAGAGGUUAAACAAAGGAUGCGGGAAAACUAUUUAAUGGAUAAGCUCACUGCUAUAGUUCUCAAUGCCAUGAAAUCAUUUGAAAAGGUGUGAGCCUUAUGGGAGGAGUUGGGGGAGUAGCGGAAGACUGAAUCUAAACAUACAAGUACCGAGUUUUCAGUGUUUAUACGGAUGUAUUGUAUUGCUGCAUUGGUGGAGAAUGCCUCAAACUGCCUUGAAAAAUAAACAAUAAAAAUUAAGGUACUUGUACUGUCCCUUUAACUUAAAAGGGCAUUUUUUUUCUCUUCCUUUUAUGUUCUUCCUCCUAAAUUAAAGGACCACUAUAGUGCCAGGAAAACAUACUCGCCUGGCUCUGGGGAGAGGAAGGGGUUAAAACUCACCUUUUUUUCUAGCGCCGGACGGGGAGCUCUCCUCCUCCUCUCCUCCCCUUCGGCUAAAUGCACACGCGCGGCAAGAGCUGCGCGCGCAUUCAGCCAGUCUCAUAGGAAAGCAUUUACAAUGCUUUCCUAUGGACGCUUGCGUGUUCUCACUGUGAUUUUCACAGUGAGAAUCACGCAAGCGCCUCUAGCGGGUGUCAAUGAGGCAGCCACUAGAGGAUUUGGAGGCUGGGUUAACCCAUUUAAAAACAUAGAAGUUUCUCUGAAACUGCUAUGUUUAUAAAAAAAAAAUGGGUUAAUCCUAGAGGGACCUGGCACCCAGACCACCUCAUUAAGCUGAAGUGGUCUGGGUGCCUAGAGUGGUCCUUUAAGGAAGGCCACAUUUAUUUCUCCAACUAUACACUAUUUAUUGAGCACACUCUAUGCAAACAUAAAAUCUCACUUGGAUUGUAUUCCAAGGUUUUGGGUCCUGGAAGGUCCAUAUUCCGGACCUCACCCUUGACAGUCUACAUCAGCAUGGUCUUCCACUCUAAACCUGCAGCUAGUGCCCACAUUCCAAUAGAUGCGUUUGAAGGUUUACCAUCAUGUUUACAUAGCUCUAGAUCAACAAAAUUGUUUCAAAAUGAGAUCCUCCUGUAAUUGUUUGAAAUAUGACCACUGUCUGUGGGCCAGCGAAGACAUUCAGCAGCUUUAAAGGUUAUUUAAACAUACGCUUUUCUCUUUCUCUGCAUAUUUCAUUUCCCCUCUCCUGGAAUUGUCCAUAUUGGGAAUUUUUCCCACCUCACCACCCCAUAACUCUAAAUUACUCCUUAUGCUUUCAGCCACACUUUGAAAAACCAUUUAGCAAAUUUGGAUUCACUCAGAUUCCCGUACUAUGGUCCUUUUCAGAUCUAAGUUUUUUUUUUUUAUAAUUCUUUAUUUUGUUAGUGCGAGUGGUUAACAGACUGGUUUGCUCUGCUACAACGGCAGGUGCAAACCGGAUAUAGACAUGGCAUAACAUCUUUAUGAACAAGAGAGGCAUUGCAUAUUAGUUAUGUACAAGGUGAGAGCAGUUAAAGCCGGGUGACAUUUGUGCGCUGCAGUACAUGGUGUGUUUCCGUUAUGCAGAGCUAUCAAUAACACUAUUUUUUAAUGUAUCCAUUUGUGUUCAGCUAGGGUAUUAAUUCCACAGGGCAACCAAGGUGUCAGGAACUUAGAGUUUAGCUGAGUUCUACGAACUCAUGUCGUGAAUUCGGUGGCCCUGUAGUGGGUGUCGGUAGUGAGUCAAUGAGGGGUAUAGUGUUGUGUGAGUCGCGAUUCUAGCUGUCAUUGACCUAUAUAGGUGUGUGGGUUCAGGCUCGUUUACAAUGUCCGCUCGCAUCUCGGGAUGGACCUUGGCAGGCGAGCUGUGCGGGUCAUCAGGUCAGUAAUGGUCCUAAUUGUGAAAUGACUUGGUGGUUGCUGAUACGGGCGGGUGUGGUGCCCCUAACCUAAGGGGGCUGCGGGGGGGGGAGGGAGGUAAAGAUGCCAGGUGGCAAGUGUGGUCCCGCUGAUGCCCCCGGGGAGGCGGGUGUUCUCUUGGUUAUCGUGCUCCGGGUUGUGUGUGCGGGAGUAGUGUUUGUCAUUCCCCUGUCAGGUGGUGAGGUGAGAUGUCACAUUAUAUAACAUAUAUGAGUCAGGGGGGCCAAGUCCAAGCAUAUUUGUUAAAGGGAACAAUAAUAACAUUGAACAAGAAACAAAAUUUAGAGGAAGAUUGAUUCGAACCAGUCUUGUUUAUCGUGAUCAAAAGUCCCAUCAAUAUCACUGAGGCUCUCCCCUCUGGAAGAAGUGCAGCGGUGUGCGGGUACUCUGCUCCGUGCCUUAUGUAUCUGGUGGCGGAGUGUCUCUGGUGCGCGGGACAAAGGGUAUAACUGUGGUUGGGUCCCAGGAUCUUGUAGGUUGCCCCGGCAGUGCUGGUCUGUUGGGCAGGUCCAGUUUUUGUAAGAAGGGCUCGGCUUCAUUCAUAUUGUGUAGGACGUGCUUGGAGCCAGCUUGUGUGACUAUUAUGGAGUUGUCCGUCCCCCACCUGUACGGUACGCCUGCUUGUCGUAAUUGGGUGGUGACGGGUCCGCAGGAUUUCCUCCACAGCAGAGUAGCCCUUGUCAGCUCCUGGAAGAACGACAGCUCAGAGCUCUCGAAGGUGAGUGGUGUUUUGCCCCUGAUGGCUUGCAUAAUUUGAAUUUUUUCUUGGACUGUGUGACAGCGUACGAUAACAUCUCGGUUCGUGUUAGGUUUUGUGUGCGCUGUUACGGGGAGACGGUAUAUGCUGUCAGCGGUAAUUUUGCGUGCCAUGGUUGGUGGUAGUAUAGUAGCCAGUAGGCGCCUUACGUAAUGAGGCAGUUCCUCUGUGGACACCGCUGCUGGGAUCCCCCUAAUUUUUAUAUGUGAACGGCGGUGUCGGUCCUCCAUGACCGUGAGCCUUCCAGUCAGGGUUCUCUGGUUCUGUUGGAGUUGUUGGACCAGAUCUUGCACCGCAUUGAUCUUGGUAUGUGCAUCUGCUAUGCUGUCCUCGACCGUUCCCACUUUUUCUCUGACCGCUUGCAACUCCGUUUUGAACUUGGCUGAGUCUGCCGCCAGUAGUUUAUGAAUGUUGGCGAGGAGUAUUUUCAGGUCUCCUUUAGUGGUCGGAGCGGAGUCGUCGGAGGUGUCCAUGGAUAGGGGUGUAGCUGUCAGGGGUGCUGGUGCUACCUCUGGCUCCCGCCUGUCAGGCUCGGUUUCCGCCUCCUUCCGCUGUUCUGGCGGUGAAGGGGGUUUGGGUUGUGCCGGUCGUUGUAGCAUUGUCUCGAUAUCCCUAUUGUCAGACCCUACCGUAGGUUUUUGUGAUCUCCGGCCCAUAGCAGUUUCGGGUAGUGGUACCUCUUCGCCUGGGUGGUCUGCAAAGGUUCUCCACAGGAGCGACUCGAGGUCUGUGGCUGUGCGUGUGCGGUAGGCCUCAACCCUUUUUUCUAUUGCAGGGCAACUUCUUCCCCUCAAAUGAUAUAUGACGAAAUGCACUUUCUAAAAAUCAGUCGGCAGAGUGAAUGCAUUAAACCAGGUGUUAUUUAAUUUGAUAAAAAGCCAAAAUAAUACAUUUGUGUUUAUUUUUGUGUACAGACCAUAUUUAAACAUGAUAUAUUUUUUUUGUAUUUAUUAUUGAAUAACAUCCUAUACAUCUUGAUCACCUUCAGAUGUGUGUGAUAAUAUAUAUCUCACUACACAGCUCUAUAUGCAGCUUUAUACUUUAUUAUUAAAGUUUACAUAUCGAAGAUGCUUUUACUGCACGGAAUAGGUGUGGCUGUUUGGGGUUGGUGCGCACUGUCAGUGAAAAAUAGACAUAGAAGCAAAAACCACUUUGCAAGCUUGUGUUUGUGAUGGUUAGUCGAUUGCUCAGAGAUGUCAAUAGACGUUUGGUUAUUACUGGUUAAAAAGAACCUGAGCUAUUAGGGGCCCUACACAUCUAUAUACGUGAUGGAUGAUGAUGCACAAGCCUAUACAUCCAAAACAUCUCUACAUACAAAUCUUAAAAAUAUAUAUUAAAAAUGGACCAUGAUUGUAAACACACAGGUAACUACAGUAACAUGAAGACAAAUGAGCAUGACCAAACUACACAAGUGUCAAAUAAUUUGCACCUCUGCCACCUUUUCCUUGGUGGUCUAGUGUAAGGUAGUAGUGAUAUCUCCCACUGCCCCUGCUGUAACAGUGGAGGGGAGUAGAUCACACAGUGUCAUGUAAACUUUUAUACAGAGAAUUUUGAGGGCAUUUAUUGCCCAUAUUCUCACCAUCAUAGACUGAAACGUAAGCCUUCCACGCAGAGUAAAAUGUAGAGCUUUACAGAGUGGGUAUAUAGCAAAGAGUUAAGAAGGUUCCAACAACUUUUAUUCUUUAGACUUGAAAACCUCAUGCAACCAACUGGAUUGAAAACGCUUAUGUAUAAUUUAGGAACCAUGUAAAUGAUCUGAGUAAAUGAUGGACAAUGUGGUUUGGUGUCUGCUCCUGACAAAUCCCAUAUUCUUUGAAAUGUACUUGUUUACACACAUACACAAAAUAUUACAAAACGUUCUUUCACGUAAAGGGCGAUCAUAUUUCAUUUUUAGUUCUGCUUUAAAACGUGUACUUGCCCAUGUGUAUUGUGAGUGAUUGUCCUAUUUUUAACUAGUGACCUAUGGAAAAUAUAAGGAAAACAGAACUCUGCAGAUACUGUAGGUUCGAAACACUUGUCAAUCUUAUAUGGUGGAGCUAACAGUACAAUUAAACACUCAUAACUAAAUAAAUAACAUAAUUCCGGAGGUGACCUAGCUGUAGAGUUGGAUAAUUGUGGAAACUUUAGCUUUUACUCUAAUCCAGCCCCCCAAAAAUGGACAUUGUGUUUCCUGAAUUGAUAGUCUAAAGGAUGAACAAAGUGCAAACAUUUCCACAGACCUACCGACAUUUUCCAGGACCUAACCAUAAAUUUAUUUGGGGUUGAUACCAUCAAUUGUCUAUGUCCAAUGUGCAGAUUCCCCAUGCGUGCUUCAUAUAAUUUUGUUUUUUAAAAGACUAGACCACUUAUUCAACCACUGUUGGCUAAAACUGUACACAAGCAUAAACCGUUCUGGACAGAUUUUAUUCCCUGACAUUCUUCACAAAUCUGUCAGGUUGGAGUGUAUGUGGAUCUAAACUGUAGUAGGCACGAUCUCAUGUAUGUAUAAUCCUCCCAUGACCAUAAAGGCUGACUUUAGACUUUAGACUUGAGGUGAUCAUAAACGGAUGAUCAUGCAAAGUAGACAUGGAACAGUCUGUAGAUGUUUAUUGUCCAUCUGACAUUUACAUAGACCAACAAGGAUAUCAUUAUUGAGUCUGCUAAAAAUGUUCCAUUUCUGAGGCAUGACGAUGAAUAGAUGUAGUUGUGGAGAUAUUUAAAGAGCCUCAUGGCCACCUGUUAGCUUGUGGAAGAGCUCUUCAUUCAGUCCCUUGCUUCCACCAUCUUUACCACGUGUGGACAUGAAAAUGUAGCCUCCAAUGUACUCAUGAACAACUUUGCAAGGAGCUGAGACACAUGUGAAUGCAACAUUAAUAUUCUCUGUAAAUUCUAUGGAAACCUGAAACAGAAGAGGGACAC